CAGACAUAUUGGAUUCGCUGUGCAAAGAGUUUCUCACCAUGAACGUGUCGGCCAUUUUGUACCUGAUGAAUUACGAAAAGUAUGGCCGGAGCACGGCGUCCGCACAAUAUUUUCUACAACUGGCUGGAUACUUGGGAAUCCCGGUAAUCGCGUGGAACGCCGACAACUCGGGACUCGAACGGGUAAGGACGGAUAUAGGAUAUUGUUGAAAAACAUAUUCGCAAUAAUAUAUAAUACAAUAAUAAGAGAUAGCUUUUGUAAGCGAAAGAAAAGUCGGUUUAUUCGAAACGAAAACUCGGGAACUCUGCCGAAAGAUCAACUCGUGCGUCGCGGUUCGUUAUUUUACGUGUUGUGCGAAUAAUAUUCUUUCCAAACUCUGUUCCUUGUAAAAGUAUACUGUGAUAAAAUGUUCAAAACUUUCAAUACAGCCGUUUCAAGACCUAUACAUUGUGUAUUAAGAUACUUACCUUUACUCGAAACAAGAAAAUAUUUCACUACUUUACGUCGUUAGACGGUACGAGUAUUACACUUACUUAUAUUAGCUAUAUUAAAUUCUUCAUUUAUAAACCCAAUUAAUUUUGGAAUUUCAGACAAGUUUAAAAUGUGUCUACUGGAUCGUGUAUAUUAAAGGUUUUUUAAAAACAUUUUUCUGAAUAUAAAAUCAGAAUUUUCGAUCUUAUUCUACAACUAAACAUUUUGGAUUUAAAAUAACUAUAAAAUGAAUAACGUAGGUAUAUUGGUUUUAUUGUUAUGUACACACUUCACACCAUUAAACAAUUAGGUUAGUAAGCAGAUUUUUUUCUAAAAAAUUCUUUACAAAAAACCACGUAUAAUUUUUGAAAAUACGCUCUUCUUUAAAUUUUGUUAAAAUUCUAGUUUCAAUUAAACCAACAUGAUUUACGUACUAAGAAAUGUAAAAUUGACCGUGCGUUAUUAAGGCGGAAGCAAGUGAAAAAAGUCAAGAAUAAAUCAGCCAAACCGUGUAUCAACCGAAAUAUAAUUUAUCUGAAAUUUAUUUUUAUGACAAUAUUACAGCUAACCAUAAAAAAACAGAUUAAAUAAUGUAUGAUAAUCCGUGGUCACUACCGUAGAUAAUAUAAAGUAGUAGCUAUAUAACAUCGUGGUGGUCGAUUGUUAAAUUAAAAUUUCAAUUUCUAUAUUUUCAAUGUUCAUAAUUUGAUUAAAAUUAAAAAUCCAUCAGUAUUUUUCCAAAAUAAUGAUAAGGAAUGAUGUAUUAGUUGAUCAGGAACGUGGUGAAAAAUCAAGGGCUCCAGGGACAAACUAAUCCCUCCCAAAGCUAAAUAUUAAACUUACAACUAACACUAAGCGUCGUCCUUUAAAAUUCGUAGAGCAAGAGGAAGGUUUGAGGUUGUGAUAUAAGGCAUUCAAAAGCAAAAAUCAUAUUGUAACUAACAAAAUGUAUAUUAUUUAAUAUUGUACAAAGUAAUUAUUACAUUAUUAAAAUUUAAUUUUUUAUAUAAUAUGUAUUGUUCUUUUAAAGUAAAAUAUUUUAAAAAUAAAUAACACAUAAUAUUUAUAUUAAUGUAAAAUGUAGGUAAAAUACAAGACCUAGUUGCUUGACUACAGCUUCGGAUGCCCCUCUAUUUUAAAGUUGAUAAUCAGUACCAUGCGAAGAGUAUUAACUGGUACACGAUUGGUUAUAAUAUUUUUGGCUAAUAAUAUGUCGUCGAAAAUAUGUUUCUACUCAAAUAUUUUCGGAUAAAAUAAUCUUUAGUUGUAUAACAUUCGACUGUUUUAUUCUCAGUUUCUCUAUGGCCCCUUACAAAGACAAAAAUAGUGCAUGUGGAUGUAAAUUCCUCUUAAGCACUUGCACGAAUAAAUAAUUUGAUUUUCCGAGAUCAAAAAAAAAAACAAAAACAAAAAGGAUUUAUAAGAAAAUUGUUUUAAACAUUUGUAAUAAUUUUUCUAAUAACGUAUCACUGAGAUUAUUUUCCAAUAAACAAAAAACAACACAGUUUUUAGUAUAACUAAUUGCUUCUUUGUAUUCAAAAAACGUCAUACAAAAUGUAACGCUAAACUUUUUUAAAGCGGAACUUUUCGUUAAAAAAAUAUAUUGUUCCUUUAUCGUCCGAGACGUAUAAUAACGACAUUAAAAACAUCAAGAGGACAAUAAUUAUAAUGUCUACUAAUUUAUAAAACUGAAGUUUUUCGCCUUUUACGCAUUAAGUUAAGAAAAUUAACACCUGCAGAUGAUAAUAUUUUAAAUAAUAUCUGACGUCAGAUAAAAUAUUAUGUUAAAAUUUAAAAAAAUGCUGGACAUACUUUAAGUCGUGGGUAAACUGGUAAGCCACUAGUGUAGGUGAAUAACUCAAAACGUACAGGAUAAUAUAGUUUAUCAUAAUAUAAUGUAUAUGUAACGAUAAAUCAUUGCGAACGAAAAAAAAUUCUAAAAGUAGUAGUAUUAACUGUGUGUUCUCCUUUGUUGGCUAUGUAAUCCGAAAAUCAACGAAAAUAAAUAGAAAAAUAAAAAAAAAGACUUAGGGCGUUGCGAAUUGUUGACGAUUUCAAAAUAUCGUUUCAAAUAUAAUACGACCAGGUGAAGGUUUGAUGAAUUCGAUAAUUUUCAAUCCACCCGAUUUAUUUGGUCGGAUCUGAGUCGGGUACAUCGUCUUCUUUAAUAUGCUUUUGGUGAGUUUGCAUAUUAUAUUUUAAACAAAUUCGAUUGGUGGCGUAGCAUUAAUGCGGGUUUGAAAACUAAAAUCGUCUAUACUUAUAUACUUCCUCUACGGACGUCAUAUUAUGAUUUUGAUUUCGACACUCUAGAGUUCUUUUGUCUUCUUUUGCACUUAUUAUUAUCAUACGUAAUAUGUUCAUUGGAAUGUGUGUAUUAAUUAUUUAUUUUCGUCUAUCUUCAAAUGAUGAACGGGAUAAGUAAUAAUAUGCAUAAUAUAAAAUAUGUAAAAAAAUUAAAAAUGUAGAUCAGGUUAAUUUUUGUUAAAUUUCUCCCCAACUUUUACACUGUUUUUACCUGUGAUCUAUAUUAAUAAAUACAAGUGUCUGCCUGUGCACAUGUACCAGGUGAUCCAUUUAAGUGGGCACAUCCAUUAAAUCGAAAAGUAUUAACUUUUUCAGGAAUUUGUUUUAUAGGAUAUUUAAGUAAGUAAGUAAUUUUAUAAUAAGCCGCUCUAAAAUUGUAUAUUUAUGUUAUUUUUUUUUCACCUUAAUUUAAAACCACUACCUACUUUUGAUUUUCAAAUGGCAACCUAUACUUAAAAUUCCAUAAAUAGAUGGAGUAUUAGUUCAAACAAAUUUUAGUGUUGAUAUUUUUGAUUUCCGGCGAUCCGUUGACGAGAUAUUCCACUUUUAGGCUUGGGUUGGAUGAGAGUGGUGGAGCAUUAUUAUCACACCGUGUUCCACAAAAAUGAAAAAAAUAACAUAAAUAUAAAAUUGUCGAGCGGCUUUCUUAAAUAUUUUAUAAAACAAAUUCCUGAAAAAGUUAAUAUUUUCCGAAAUAAUGAGUGUACCCACUUAAAUGGUACAUUACAAUGUUUCAUACGCAGAGAUCUGAUAAUGUACUUACAGAUAAUCGAUUUAUCUAAAUAUUAUCAUUUAAAAGAUAAUCUAGACAACGACUUGCUAUAUAUUAAUUUAUCUUUUGUUAUAUUGAUGAUAAAUCCGAAAUGUUUUUAACUUUAUCGUCUUGAUUAUUGUUUAGUAAAUAAUAGUAUAUAGAUAAUGACUAUAAUCAUACCAAGUAUGAUCAAUCAUAUUUCAAUCACAGUAUAAUAUUAUGUUUUGUGCUUAUACUGUACAAAUUGAUUUUAAAUAUUUAAUAAUAUUAUGUUUUGAAUUUGAAUUACUCACCAGCUUAAAAUAGUAUUAUAAUACACCGUAUAAAUAUAGAUACUGUAUUUAUCAUGUUUUUCAUUAGAAAACUUAAAAUUAUCUAUUAUCUUUAUAUUUAAUCUAAAUACAAAUAUUGCUAUUAUCCUUUCUUAUACUGGUUAUACAUAUUUAUUUUGCCGUUAUCCGUUCGAAUGUGUGUUUUUAAAAAAACAUCCAUUAACGUUGUUUAAUGCAGCUGUUUAUGCACAGUCACCUCCCGAAAUAAUUAAUAUCAUCUAUUUAUUUACUUGACAUUAAGGAAGGACACGAUAUUAUUUUUACCUUAUAUAUUAUAUAUAUAUAUAUAUAUAUAUACUAGAUGCUCAUUUAUAUUUCGUCUAAUGGUUAAAAUAUUGUAUAAAUUCUUUAUAUCGCGUUUUUUGAAAAAUAAAAUUAAGAACACUAAUCUGAAAAAGCUCGGGUAUUGAGUGAACAUUGGGAAUAUAUACAAUAAUAUUAUCGAACCGCUCAAGUGUUAUAAAUACGCAGUCGUAGUAAAAUAAAAACAAAAUUAUUGUUAUUUCAAUUAUUUAGAUAGUCUCCGUAAGAUGUUACAUAAUCCACUCUUAAAAAACGCUUUGGGUUCGGGAAUGAAAAAAAAGAGAAAAAUGUCUUAUUUUUCAUCCCGCUAUAAAACCCUAUACCAACAAUAAUAAUAUUGUUUAAAUAACAAUAUAACGAGGUCACCGCGGAUGACAGACCAAAAUAAUAAUCAUACUCUAGUAAUGAUAUACGCUGGUUGGUUUAAUCGUAUACAGGGUGAUUUUUUUGUUUUUUGUUUUUUUUUGUUCAUCUUGAUUCGGCGUAUAUCUAUACGGAAAUUUGUUGGCAAAAUAACGAGUCAUUGCAAAGUAUUGUGUGUUGUAAUUCAAAAGACUCAUUUAUGUUUAAUUAUUUUUAUAUAUUUGAGUAUAAAUAGAUUUUCACAAAUUUACACAGCGCCUUGUAAUACUCAUCGGUCGAUAUACACCUGUAUACUUACUUACGUUCUUGUUUUGAUUCGGUACUUGUUAUCGUGUUCUUUUGAUAUCAAAGCGUAGUGAAACAUAGAACUGCCCAUUCUAGCUGAAUAGCAUUAGGAAAUAUUGCGAUCAUUUAGUUAAGGUAUCGGGGAUUGGAAGCAGUAUUUUGGUGUUGGAACAGCGUGACGCACGAAGACGUAAUAUUCCCUUUGUCGUCCGGUUAGUAAAGCCAAUUUCUGAAUCUUUAAUAGGUUAUAUAAUUAGAACGCUGUGGGGUACGAGGACCGUAAUAUUUCUUUGGCCGUCCUGUAAGUAAAGCUAAUUACCAAAAGUUUCAGGGUACAUUUUGUGAUUACUGUCGUAUGCAUCCAAAAAAGGAUUUUGCAUGUACGUCACGAGUUUAACAGAUUAAGCGGUUGCGUUCAUAGAUUGGAUAGGAGUAUUAAUUUGAAAAUAGAUUUGAUCCAGGCACUGGAACUGAACGAAAAAUAGCUGCUUGUAAAACACGAAAAGUUCUAAGAAUAUUAGAAUCCGAAAUCGAAUUUUAAUACAUUCGAAUAACCGGAAAUAGUACUGAUUGAACCAAUGUUUUAAUAAUUGAACUUUAAACGAUUCCGUAAUGAUUGAAAAAAAAAUAAUUUUUUAAAUUCUCCGAGAAAUUCGGUGGAACGUAUAAUUAAAAAAAAAUUCGACUUGUUUUUAGUUGUUAAUUUGUUAUGUUUCUUAUACAAGAUUCGAAAAUACUAUUAAGUAUUUGAAUAAUCGUGCCAACAACUGUAAAAUGUUUUUUGCAUUGUUUUCCUAAUACUAUUAUUGAAUAUAUUUUCUAAACGUCAUUCCCACAUUUAUUAUUAGCAUAAAAUAAUAUGUAACUUUACAUUAUAUAUAUAUGUACAAUAUACCUUUACUAUAAACUACUUAACACUGUAAAUCUAAUAUUACACUUUAAUUGGGUUGUCAAACCCGUUAAAAAUUCAAAUAAAUAAAUAAAUAUAUUUUUCCUCCAUACUGCAUAGUUACGAAAAGUAAAAAAUCAAUUUAGUGACGAUGACGUCCGAAAGUGUUCUAUUUCCCUACAUCAAACAAAGUGAAAUAAGUAUUAAUAAAUAAGUGACCAAGAGUACAGCUGUCUCGCAUGAAUAUUGAAAUAUUAACAGGCCUAAAUAUUAUAUAUCCUGACAUCACGUUGGAUGAAAAAAGUUCGGUUCGGGCCGAUCUGUCCACAAAUUUUAGUCUUAAUACACGAGACGGAAAUGGAUAUUGCAACAAUCAGUGCAUUUACAUAAUAUACAGCGAUUUGUAUAAAAUGUUACUAUAUUAUAUUUUGGCAUUGGUUCUUUUGUGGGUAGAUGAACUUUUUAAUAAUUAUAACGUUUGAUUUUUCACGUUGUUUUCGAUAAGUUAAUUCCAUGCCGUUCCGAUCAAGUCUUACGUCUAAAUGUUUAUUAAACAUUGUUUAAUCACAAGCUGGUCUCGCUCUUUUUUUUUUAAUUCAGAAGAGAAACAUAUUUGCGCAUUAUCUUGGUCUGGCAUAUUAUACUUGGCAAAUAAAUGGAAAAAUCGAUCGACAUUUUGAUGACCGCGCACGGUACAUUGUACAAAAAAAGUAAUAACUCUUUUGCGACCGUAAACGAAAUAUAUUAUAUUAUUACCAUGACGAUCUGCUACGGGAUAAAAUAAUAUGAUAUUUCAAAAAUAUCAAUUACACAGUGUAAUAUUAUAUAGGUAGUGAAUAGUGGUGAAUAUACCGAUUAGCCUAUAUUAUUAUUUUCUUUCACUGGUAUAAUUUCCCGGCCAGGGGAGAAAAAAAAUUCAAUUCCCACAGAGAAAUGAAUAUUGCGAAAAAAUGUUUCGAUUAUUUAUAACGUCAACGCGAUGUUUUUGAUUCGAUAGAAAAAAAACGUUGAUAAUAAUAAUUAAUCGUUGUCGACGCGGGCUGCUGCUACUACGAGGGAAUCCUAUAUAAAUAUAUAGCUAGGUGGGUAGGAAUUCGCUUUGUUAUAAAUCAUCGGCCACCACCAAUUGGAUUUUUAAGUGUAUAUUGGGUCAAAUAUAAAUUCUGAUUUUGAAUAACCCGUACAACACAUGUGAAACUUUGAUGAAUACUUUUUUUUUUUGGUGUUUUGGUAAAUUAUAAUUGAUACAGAAAUAGAGUUUUAUUUCGUAUACUAUGUUUGAAUUCAAUGUAAAUACAGAAUUACAAUCGGGUAUUCAGAUUAAUUUUAAAAAUCAAAAGCAAUAAAAAUAAUAUAUAUAUUUAUAUACAGUAUGUUUCACUCAAAGGGUAACAAGAAAUAUUUCUGUCCAGUGACCUGGGAUUGAAAUGGGGUUUUCAAGAGAAAAUAGAAAAUACUGAAAUACACAUUUUGUAUGGAUUUUCAAAUUCCUUACUCUUUCAGUGUGCACAUGCGCAAUGAAACUUUUUAAAUCAGAACAAAUGAAAACACCUAUUUCCAACACUUGAUUUAUAUAAACCAAUUUUUUUUUUUAAGCAACUUAUAUAAGUAAACUUUUCCCUCAUCUCGAAAAUUGGCUGAAAUACAGUUAGUUUAAGUUGAAACAAAAUUAUUUUAUUAUUAUUAAAUUUAUUUUAUUUUAAAUAAUUUAUUACAAAAAAUACUCAUCAGUCAUCAUUAUCUUAUAAAUUUUAGUCGUCAUCAGUUGUGUGUAUGCUUCAGUGAUUUUUCGUUUUAAAUGUUGGAGACUAAUCAGUGGGUUAGCAUAAACUAUAGUUUUCAAAUUUCCCCAAAAGAAAAAAUCUAGAGGCGUCAAAUCAAGUGAACGCGCCGAACUAUCGGUCCAUAUAGCCGUAUCUAAUAAUUUUCAAAUGUGCUUCUUAAGUAUUGUCUUACAAUAAUACUAUUGUGCGCAGGAGUAUAAUCUUGUUGAAAAAAUACGUUUUCUUUAAUAUCUAACGGAACACUCUCUAAGAAACAAUGGUAGUAAAUGGUUGGAGAGAAAAUCCAAAUAUCUCCUUCCAUUUAAUAUUCCAUCAUAAAAAUGUAGGCCUAUUAUGAAACCUCCAAUUAAUUCACACCAUACAUUUGUUGGAUGGGGACAUAUGGACUGAUAGCAUGGCCGUUGCGUUCAUCUGAUUUGACGCCUCUAGAUUUGUUUCUUUGGGGACAUUUAAAAACUGUAGUGUAUGGAGACCCACCAAUUAUUCUCCAGCUUUUAAAACAAAAAAUUACUGAAGCAUGCAAAUAACUGACAAACAAACAAUUUAUGGCAGUUACGCAAGAGGAAAUCAUAUGACGUACAGAAUCAUAUUUACAAUAUAAUGGACAAAACUUUGAAAAAUUUAUAAGAUAUAUAAUAUUUUAAUUGUAUUUUACAUUUUACCUCAUUUUACAUCGUACCUGAUGAAUUUUUAAUUCGAAACCAGUCGCGUAAUAAACUUAUCAUAAUACUCCAGGCGACGACGCAAUGACUCAUUUAUUUAUUUUUAUAUAUAUUCAUUUUUUAUUUACAUAUUUAUUUACCAUAUUAGUUUACUUUAUUUUUUCAUUAUUUAAAUUAUUGUUUAUAUUCAAUAUUAUCAAUUCUAUAGUAGACAUUAACACAUAUCAUUGCUUUGAAAUAUUAUUGUAAAUCGUGUAUCAAUCAAUGAAUGCAAAUACAGAGUACGCGCUAAAUACCUAUUUAAUAAUAUCAUUAAAUAUAAACCAGGCAUUUUACGCUCUCUCGAAUUAAAUAGAUUUUUCACGAGUGCCCUCUAUUUAAAUCGCUACUUUUUAACGACCCAGAAAAACAUUCUUCAACACAUAAAAUUCCACUCCGUGUUCUCCAAAUGACAAAAUUUCGUCGUAUCUAAAUUGAUAAUUGUGUACGUUUAAUAUAAAUAAUUUACCAAAUUCAUUAAGUAUACAUUUCACAAACAUUUAAAAACAAAUUUUAUUAUUUACUGGUCAUCUAUUUAACCAUGAUUUUCUGAAGGAGAAAUAAAGCUUAACCGAUUCCAUAAUGGUUGAAAACAAGAAAUCGAAUUAACUUGAAAUUCUCUGAGAAAAUCGCUAGGUCACGAUAAAAGAAUCACCCAUAUAUACUGAGUAUAAUAAUAAUGUUACAUUUUGAUUUUAUUUUCGAGCAAAAGUAAAACUCUAUUAUGGCGUUCUGUAUUGCAAUGAAAUCGAAAAUCAUAUUGUCUAUCAAAGUUGAAUAUUCGAUUUAAACCAUACAUUAUGUUAUUGGUAGGAAAUGUUGGCACGUUAAACACUGUAAAUCUAUAUUAUUUCAAUCGUUUAUAUGUACUACACAAAUUUUGUAUUAUUAUAUUAUAAAAUACAUUUCGUUUUUCAUGCUCUCCUUAUCGAUAUCAAUAUUAUUAUGGCAUAAUUGUGUAAUAUGUAUAAGAUAGAUUUAUGUUUAGAUAUAUGAUUCGACAUAAAAAUAAAAUAUAUUAUUUUGUUUUAUUGCUUAUUAAAAAUCAUAUGAAUUAAUUAACAAAAUAAUACAUUAGGUUUGUUAGAAUUUCAAUACUAGAUACUAGAUUCUGUAGUGUAUACCGAAGAAGUUAUUACGUAGUUUGACUAUCUAUAAAAACUAGUAUUUAUAAACAGAGAUUUUGCUUUAUGUUUUUUUUUUUUUUUUUCGUUAAAAACAGACUCAAUAUAAAAAUAUUCUGAUUUUUUCGUAUAAAACUUUUACAAAUGUGAAAAUUCGGCUGGAUGAUAAUGUACUUGAAACUUAUUUUUUGAUAUUCAUAACGAUACACUCUAUAGCUUCUUUUUAUAUUUUUUUUCUGGAAGGAACUUUUAUCUUGGGUGAUAAUUUGAGGAAGUUCUUUCUUAAUUUUCCAAACGGUUUUCAUAAUCAUUGGGAAAACCCGGGAAAAACGGAAAAAAUGUAUGUAUAUGAAUAAAAGAAACUUCACCCCGAAUCGUUUUUCGUUAGCAAUGGUUUAUCGUCAUGUACAGAUGCAAAUUAAAUUUCCCUCCACCACCUUCCCAACUUCUCACCUACAACAAUGGCCCAAAUGUGUACGCAUUUUGAUCAUUAUAUGUAUAAGUUAAUAUUUAUAUAUUUUUACCAAACAUAUUGAUAUAAAACUAUAAACCAUAUAACCACUAUAGGUGUGCAAUGAUAUUUUAUCGUUAGAAUGUACUUAUUACAACUUUUAAAUUAAAUUCGUUGUUUAUGUAGGUAUUUUGUUUUCUCGGGAUAUAUUAAAAAAAAAAGAUAUCUACAUUAAAAAAAAAAUAGUAAUAUACGAGUAUUAUUAUUAUUAUUACUACUAUUAUUAUCACCAUGCAACUAUAUACUGCACUGAAUAAAAAUAUAAGAAGUAAUGGAUCUCGGUCUUAUUUCCAUUUCGAAAACCAACUUUUAUAUUAUGGAAUUAUUGAGUGCGGCUGACAGAUAAUAUAAUAUUUUUCUAGAAUAUAAUAUCUCCGUCCACUUCAUUUCAAUAUUUUCCCCGACGACGACGGAAUACAUACUGAGCGUAAAUAAAUUCUCAAACGUAUUAUGUGCAAAAUUGAAUGAGAAGAGAUAGAAAAAAAAAUCGUUUUCAUUUUUUAUUUUUUUUUUAUAUACAGAGAGCUUCGCGAUCCAGCCUUCAACUUCAACUGGCACCCUCAUUGGAACAUCAGACAGCCGCUAUGUUAAGUAUACUGGAAAGAUAUAAGUGGCAUCAGUUUUCUGUUGUGACGUCGCAAAUCGCUGGACAUGACGAUUUUAUCCAAGCCGUCAGAGAACGGGUCGCAGACAUGCAAGACAGAUUCAAGUAAGUCGGAGUGUUAUUGCCACUACUAGUUUUGUAAACAUUUCUGAUUUCAAAGGGUCGUCUAAAAACCGUCCAGAGUUUAUAUACUUUAAGUAACGAUUCGCGGGAUAAGGUUCUUUGGCGUAUUACAUUUUACUGUAUACCUGAUUCUUGGUAAAUCAUUCCACUUAUUUUAAUACGGAAAAUAAAUACUAUCUCAAAUUGCAAUUUCUCUUAAACGAAUUCAUGAACCAUUCUACCUGUACGGUUAUUGUCUGAUUAUUUUUAGAUUAGGAUCAUUGCAAGGGAUUUAUUUGUUUAACUAUAAUGCGUGUUCUUGUAUUUUUUUUUUCUGUUUGUAAACAACUUUUUGAAAAAAAAGCAAAUUGUAUUCAUUUGGUUGGUGCAUUGAAGAAGUAAUUUUUUUGAUUUUUUAUGAGAUUUUCUACAUAAUUGGAUAAAACCGAAAAGAUAAUUAGAGGUAAAACGGUAAAUAUUUAUGGCACGCCAUAACGUUACCGAUUUGAAAGUUUGUAAUUGUUUCAAAUAAUAUUAUCUACUAGAUUGAUUCAAUCUAAAAUACCGAAAGACAUUUUUUGUAGAAUUCUAGAUCUAUAUGAUCAGGAAGAAAGUCAUUUUUCAAUAAUUAUCGUAAUAAUUUUCAUUAUAAUUAGGAACACCGGAAUAAAAGAGGAAAAAUUAAAAACGAAUAAAUUUAAGGUGUACGAUUUAUUUAUUUUUAAUUUUACACCAAAAUUUUCAACAUUUUAAAUGGUGAGGAAAUAGGUUUUAUUUUUGAUUUUCUUUAAAAAAAUUUUAAUAAUUGAACAAAACUGAAAAAACAUAGAAAACGGAAAUUGUAAGACAAUUCAUUUUAUUAUUUACAAUUUUAUUUUUUUGUUGUAACUAGUGUUUAACAUAUUUUUAGAGACUUAAAAUUAAUACAAAAAAUUCGCUUUUUCUAGACCUGGUAAAUUUUCAAAAAUUUUAAGUCAUUUUGUAUAGACAUUUUAAUUUUACGAGAUUUUUACGAGUUUUUUUUUUAUAAAAAAUUUAAAUCAAAUUUUGACAACAAUUAUAAAUAUUACGGUCCUUCAAAACAUGUAUAAUUUCGCUCUGAAUCAUUUUUCGUUUUCAAUGGUUUAUUGGUACUUACAGGUGUAAAUUAAAAAACUUUAUUUAUUAACCUAACUUUGUUUUUUUAGUUAUGUAGAAAUAAUUGAAACUUGGAUUUAUUUUUUUUGGGCUAAGAAUAUGAUAUAAACCAAUCAAACUGGCUUAUAUUUUUAGAAUCUCCUCUCAUCAUCCUCCUCAUCUCUCACACAAAUGAUCAUGAUUUAAUCCCACACUCUAUUCUAGAAAUUUUCCCAACCUCUUCUUCCUCGUUUUCUUACUACCUUCUAUCAUUCCAUGUCCCGAUUAUUUUCUUUUUCCUCUAUAAUUUCUUCUACCACUGUUCUCUCUCCUCUCUCUCAUUUUCCUCCAUCUUAUCUUUCAACAGUUUUUGGUUUCACAAAACCAAAAUCCCGAAUCGUUUUUACUAUGGAGAUAAAUUUCGUAAUAUCCUGUUGUAAUGAAAUUUCCGGCUCAAAAAUAUAUAUCAAUGUUAAAACAUAGAUUUAUUUAUAAUUUUUACAAGUUUUAACACCUUUGAAUUAUAAUAGUUUGAACGAUAAUAUUAUAACGUACGGAUGUAAUAAAUAAUUUAUUUGCGAACAACUUUUCACAGAAAUCAAAACAUAUAUUUCUGUAUUUCUCUCGGGUUUUCGACUGUAGAGAAACCAAGCAGCUAUCAUCUUUAAAAAAAUCGAUCGAAUUUGAAAAUAUUCUUUAUUUAUUUAUAUCCCUUUGUAUAUCAAACACGCUACCGAUAACUUGUAUAUGAAGAAAUAAGACGACGUCACACAUAAAUAAACUUGUAACUGAUGGAACAUCAGUCAUAUAUUUGCAUGAAUUACUUAUGUAAAUUUAUUCAAGUCGUCCGAAAAAAAUAAAAAAUAAGUUUCGUAAGGUUCAUUGUCGCACGACUUACAACCCGACAUAAAAGUUGUGUAUAUAAAUAAAUACUUACACCAAAUAAAAUCGACUUCUGAAUACCUUUUUAUAUUAUAUUAUUUUUACUUUGUGCAUAGUGAGCUACGGAAAACAAUUUCGGGAUUUGUAUAUUUUUUUAUUUUAUUAUUUUCGUCAGUGUCAUUUUCAACUGAUCAGUGGUGUAGAACCAUGAUUGUGUGACUUUCUUAUGAUGAUCUAGUGAUUAGUGGUUGUCUACAAAGAUGUUAAGUAGAUGUUAUUAAAAUAGAUUUUAAUGUUUUUGAGUCAUUGAUAGAACAGUUCAGCGAUUUUAUUUACAAUAUUUUUAGAAUGUUUCCCUUAUUCUGUACGGCGUAAACACAUUUCUAUUUUUGAUUUUCAAAUACCGAUAAAUCGUUUUCAAACUAGAUUAAAAAUGGCAAUAAUUUUUUAAACAUUUCGGUUGAGUUUACCAUUUAUGUGUUACAACAGAUUAAAAUUUAAAUCCUGGGAGUAAAGAAAAGUCAGCAGUCAGCAACAGUAGGGUGGUAUAGCUCAAUUGUACAUUAAAAAAAAAACAACCACUUAUAUAAAGCAAUACAAUCCCUAAAAAAGCAUUUAAAGUACUAAAAAAAAAAAAAUACCAACAGUUUUUAUUUUGUAUUAACUAAAGAUCCGAAAAAUCAAUUUGCAAAUUAAAUAUCAUAUACUGGACCAAUUGAAAAAAAAGAAAAUGCCUACGCCAGAACUCUAGUCUAGAAAUAAAUAUACAAAUAUUUAAUAAAAUAAUAAAGUAAAUACAAAAUUAUUAAAAUGGUAAAUACUCGUAAAUAAAUAAAGUAAAAAAAUAUUUAAACAAAAAAUGUAUGCAUAAAAAUAAAAUUAAUAAAUGAAUCAAUGCGUUGCCUGGAUUAUUAUGAUUAGUGUAUUAUGCGACCGUUUUCAAAUUAAAAAUUUAUCAUCGGGUAUAUCACAGUCAAAAUGUAAAACGCGACAGCAAAUAAAAAAAUUAAAUGAAAAAAUACAUAGAAAAAAAAAGAAAAAUUAUACAAAUUGGUCAUUUUACAUAAAAUAUAGAAAUAAUUUAUUUUAAUAGGAGAGAUUAUUUAUACUUAGUUACUAUUAGACAUAGAUAUAUUAAGAAAUACAAAUUAUUUGGCUAUUAUAACUAUUUAAAAUGUAGCGAUAUAAUACCACAAGAUUCUAAUCAACCUUAUUCUCAAAAAAUAUCAUUUUUCAAUUCAAUAUUCUGUAGGCCUGAACAUAUUCCAUUAAAUAAACAUAAUUAUCAACAUCAGCUCAAUAUUAUCUAUUAUAUAACCCAUAGAAAUAAUUUCAAUUUAAAUACUAUUAAAAAAAUUCAUAAACGUAUUAAUGACAUAAUAAUACACAACUCACCAAAUAAUGUUGUUAAUUAUUGUAGUGUGAAAUAUCAAAAUAAUAUGUAUAAAGAAUUCGCUAAAAUUCUGAACAAUAAUAAAAAUAAUAUAAAAAUCGCUUUUAAGACCUAUAAUGGUUUAAUCAAAAAUAUAAACAAUAGAACUAAAAACUUCACAAAAAAUACGCCUUCUUUUGAAAACGCUGGUAUAUGUAAACUUAAAUGUAACCGUAAUAAAUUGUAUGUAUUUAAGACAAAUAGAAAUUUUAAAAUAAGAUAUAACGAACAAAAUUCUGAAAUUAAAUUUAAAAAGACUGCCUCUAAUUCAAAUUUUGCUAAACAUGUUUUAGAAAACCAUACUAUAAGCUUUGAUAUUAAUACAGAUAUAAAAAUAUUAAAUACCCAAAAUAACAUUUACAUUAAAUCAGUUUUAGAAGAAUUACACAUAGACAAUGAAAUAAAGAAAAAUAAUUUUAAUAUUAUUUUGAAUGUUCAAACCUAUUUUAAAAAUAGUAUCUUAUAUCAAUACAUUUUAGAUAAUAAACAAUAAACAAAUAAUUUAUGUUUCUCAACAUAUCCAUGUUUAAUAAUAACUAAUCUCUCCUAUUAAAAUAAAUUAUUUCUAUAUUUCAUGUAAAAUGACCAAUUUGUAUAAUUUUUCUUUUUUUUUUCUAUGUAUUUUUUCAUUUAAUUUAUUUAUAUUCAGUGACGUUUUACAUUUUGACUAUGAUAUACCCGAUGUUGAAUUUUUAAUUCGAAAACUGUCGUAUAAUACACUUAUCAUAAUACUCCAGGCGACGUAUUGAUCAUUUAUUAAUUAUUUUUUUUUAUCAAUACAUUUUUUAUUUAUAUAUUUAUUUACUUUAUAUUCAAAUAUUAUUAUUAUUGCUUACUCAUCUGGUAUUUUAUUAAACUUAAAUGUCAAUAUUUGUCGAAAAAUAUUAAUUUAUCCAGUAAAUAUUGAAAUGCUGCAUAGUCGUUUAAAAAUUAAAAAUAAUAUAAGGUUUGAAAAAAGUAGGGGUGAAUAUUUUAAAAUGUCGUGAACAAUUUUAAAAUAAAGCACAAUUAAUUUCAUAGUGAUUGAAAAUAAAACAUAAAUUCUCUGAGAAGAUCGCUAGAUCUUGAUAAUACCAAAUCACUCCGUAUAAUAAGUUGUUAAAAGUAAAAAAUUAGAAAGGACUUUAACAUAGAGAGAUAAAUAUUUCUGUGCAAAUUACAUAGACGUUCCAGAUAAACUACUCGUACACAAAACAACAGUGUCAUUUCAGUAAAUUUACCGUAAAAUGUUUAAAACUCGAAAGUUUCACGAAAACUUGUAUAGUGGUAUGCUGGCCACGACGGCAUUUUCGUGAAGUAUUCGAUUAUAAAUUGCGAAUAAAAUGUAAUUCAAUUUACGAAGUUACAAACUCUUUAUUUCGUGAAAUGUUCGGGUAAACGCAAUGCCGCACUGGUGCAGAUUCUUAACAGCGUACGCAAUUCCAACAAUCAGAAUGUUAACAUAACAUGAUUUAUCACUUCUUGUUAGGUACAGGUACUAAAAUUAUUAUUGACUACGAAAACUUAUAUGUUAUAAGUGUUAUUACGUUUAAACAACUUUUUAAAUAAAAUAUAUUUUAAUAUAUUUCGGAAAUCUGGAUUAAAUUAAAUUGUUAAUUUGUGCGGCUUUGUUAUUGAUAUUUUUAUAGUUUAACCGCAGGCCCUUGAGGCCCAAUUCCACAACAAACUAUCACUGUUUCCACUUUUUCCUAUCAUUUGUAAACUCAUAGACAUUUCCGUCUCCAAGCACCUUUAUGUUAUAUUAUAGAAUAUCCAUCGAUUUUUUUUCUUGGCCAUCCUCUGGGUUUUUUUUUUAGUAUUUGAUCUCGAUUCAGCAAUCUGUUCAAUUAGUUCUUCGGAUCCAACUCACUCUAUACUGCUAUUUAAGUUUAUAAUAUUAAAUUAGCUUUAACUAGACUAGUUUUUCAAUUCUCUGUUUUUUUUUUUUUUGGUAUAAAGUGCGUCAACAAUAAUACUAUAUCUUCUUACUUAUGUAAAUAAUGUUCACAUAUUUCCUAAUCUAAUAUCUACUUUGCACUUAUGGAACUCUAUAUUAAAUUACAUUAUUAUAUGAGUCUAGUUCCGACUACAUUACUCGAACAUGUAUACGUUUUUGGUUUUUAUACAAUAUAUAUAUUCAUACUGUACCUGGAGAAUGAAAAUUGUCUUUAUUCGGACAGUAAAUGAAUGACUUGAUUAUUUUUUGACGUCACCGUCGUCGUGCCGUUUUGAAUUAUUUUGGAAUAUUUUAUUCUUAUUUACCAGAGUACAGUUAACCGGACUUAAACCAAGGCGGACAAAUGCAUCCUGCUCGUUUAAAAACCACCGAUUUGAAAUACAAUGAAUAUUUUAUACUUUUAGCCUGAAUAAACUUGGAAAAAUAAUUAAUUUAGCCGAUCUCAAUUUGUCGGACGCCUAUAAGUUUAGAAUAAUCUACAUUAUUUAGAAUAAUAAAAUGCAUUAAUAGGGGUAACUAAAAUUCGUGCAGUUUAGAAGCCAUGUGACACUGAUUGAUGAAUGAUGAUAGGUUUAUAUAUAUUUUUAGGAUUAAUAAGAUAAUUAUCUAAUUUAACCAUUGAAAUUGAUAUGAUAAAAAAAAAAAAUGUAAUUGCCAUUGUACGAAUAUUACAGUUUGCUGUACAAAUUUACUUUUGUUGAUUAUACUGAUCACAAUUUAAAGACACGGACUAUCGAUUGUAUUCAAAUUAAUUCGUAUAAAAGAUUAAUUCUUAGCGAAAAUUUUAUUUGGGGACAUAUUUCAGUCCAAGAUAUACCUGGUAUUAUAUUUGUAGACUAUCGUGACGCGGAUGAAAAAACGUAUUUAUCGAAACACCAAAACGGUCCUUGAUAUGGCCAGGUGAUAUAUUCAUUUUCUAUUAAAAUGGUUAAAUAUAUGGCCAAAAACACUGCAUAAAUGAUUAAAUAUGUAAAAAUAUGCGAUCAACUUUUUCGUAGUUCGUUCGCAUAACAAUCAUAAUAUGUGAAACGUAUUUCGCGCGUUUAAUUAUACAUACAAUACGUCGGACCAAUACAAUAAUAAUAUAUUAUAUUAUGCAAAUGCGCAGAAAUACUUGUCCCGCGGCGUAUAUUAAACAGUUGUUCGAGCGCGUUGGAAUUAUUAUAUAUUAAUUAUAAAUUUUAAGUUGUUUGAGUGACGUCAGCAAAAAAGUAUAAUUUAUUAUCGACCCGGGAACGCGAUAUUCCAUAUAAUAAAAUGAUUGUUAUUAUUGUUGUUAUUUGACAGCAAUUGACUUUUCCUGUACCUGGCAUCGUAAUUCGCGAACGGAUAACAUUAGUAGGUUAUAAGUUUUGAAAACAUUUUCGCCGUACAUUUCGUUUUGUGUUCGGACAUUUUGCCGCUGUGUUCGAAGAACAAAGUUUUCUUUUUCGGACCGUUUUUCGCAUAUAAUAGGUAGGUACCCACCUGCUGCAGCUGCGCGUUUGUGUAUUCUUCUCAGUUUUGAGUUUUAAAUUUCUGACAUGAGUAGGUAUACAUUUAUUUUAUAUUUAGCUUAUGCAAAUCCUGUUGAACAUAAAUCCAAAAGCAAAAACUAUAAUCGAAAACGAGAUUUUAUACUAAAGAUAAAAUAAUUACUUUUCGCACAGCGACGACGCAACAAUAAUAAUUUUCGUGCACCUAUACUCCUCCAAGUUUAUAAUUACAUAUCAUUUUGUUUUAAAUUUAUCUCUUGAAAUUUAAGUAUAAUAAAUAAAACCAUGGGCGAGAGAAAAAAAUAUUACAGCUCUAAUAUAAUAUGUAACAUACAUAUAUCUAUCAUUAUUUUAAUUCCAAAUACUCAUUUGAAAUACUAUGUUGUACAAUCAAUUAUAAACUGUAUUCAAUUUAAAAGAAAAUGACACGAACAUAUUUCGUAAGUGGGUGGGGCUACUGUUGUAGGUGAAAAGUUGGAAAAGUAGAAGAGAAAUUGAAUGUAUAUCUAUACGCAACGAUUAGUUAUUUUCCCAGCACUCAGAAUCUAAAAUUAAUAUUAUUGGAAAAUCAAUAUAAUAUAUUCCUUGCUUCACUCAUAAUCUAAAAUUGUACACAAAAUAGAUUGUAUAGGUAGUUAAUUAGAUAGAUAGAUAGUUGGAUCGAAAAACACCAACAUUUUUUACGUUUUAAAAUUGUAUUAUACAAUUAUUAAAGAUAAAUUGUUUUAUUUUUACAAAAAAUCUCACCGAAAAUUGAACGUAUUUAACGAACCGACAAUUGUUAAUCAUGUUAUGCAAGUUUACAUUUUGGUAGGCAAAAUAAUUUGUAUAGCUCGAAAAUCAAAAUUAUUAUAUCUUUGCAUCGUCAUCGUCUAAAUAAUAUUCCAACUAAAAUUCAUACCUCUCGUCUUUGUUCAUUUUGCUCAAUAACAAUGGUAUGAUUGAUUUUUCAAUUUACAUUUUAAAUCUCGGUCCUGAUGACAAAAUUUUAUUUUUUUGACGUUAACUACGAAACAUUUGCAUCAUCAAUCUUGUUAAAAAAAAACUAUAAGAUAAACUUAAUUCGAUUAACACAACUAAAGAAAAUGAAAAAAAAUAUAUAUUUUUACAAGAGUUCAAAGAAAAAAUUAAUUCUCGUUUACACAAAUAAUUAUUCCGACUUCAACGUUGACCGUUUUUAAUGUUAAAAGUUUCAUCGUAAAAGUUUUGUCACAGUUUUAAAUAUGGUUUUUGAGAAAUUAGAAAGAACAUUUUUAAAAGUAAUUCUUUCCGAUCAGUAAGUAUAGACGUUAUAAAUUCAUUUUAGAUUUUAAGCAUAGCGAAAAUUUUAUUUGUUUGGUGCAUUAGAGAAAUCAUUUGUUGGUUUUUCAAGGGGUUUCCGAAGUAAUAGGGAAAACUGGAAAGAAAAUUAUAGGGAAAAUAGCAAAUAUUUACGGCGCGUCGUGGCGUUACCGAUUUCAAUGUUUUUAAGUUUUGCAAACCACAGUUUUCUAUCCGAAAUAUUAGUUUAACCAUGCCAAGAGACCUUUAUAUUUUAAUUUUGGAUGUUUAUGCUCACGAAGAAAAUAAUUUUUUGAUUAUCCGAGGUGUUUUCAUAAUAAUUGGAAAACCGGAAAAAGAGGAAAAAUGAAAAAUGUUUGUUUUGUACAUUAUACGACUUCAUUAUUGUAAAUUUUUACGGUUAAUGUUUUCUACCAGAAAUAUUGCUCCAGCAGAAAAAAAAACAAGAGACUUUUUUCAUUACAUUUUUAAUGUAAUUGGAGAGUUAUAUAGUUGUUUUUUUUUUUAAAUUUUUUCUAGUGACCUCUCCUAGUUGUUUUAAUAAUUGAGCAAAAAAUAAAAAGAACGUUAAAAGUACGGGGAAAUUUAUAAAAUGUAUUAUUUUAUUAUUCUCGAUUUUGUUUUUAUUCAGUUAAAAUAUUUAUAGAGACUAGACAUUUCGACAGAAAAUGUAUAUUUGAUUUUUUCUAGACGCAGUAAAAUUUAUGGAAAUUUUAAUUUUGCGAGUUUUUUACGUAAUUAAUUUUUAUUUGGCGUAAAAGUUGUUAAAUUAAACAGAAAUGCUUGAAUAUUUAACAAAAAUAUCAUUAUUAGUCUUAUUUAAUGGUAAAAACUGUGUGUUAUAAAUUAUUUUUUUUUUUAUAAGAGUUUUAAUGUUAAAUUUUAACGAAAAUCUUAAACAUUACUGCCUUUCAAAACGUACAUAACCGAAUUUCGCUCCGAAUCAUUUUUCGGUAGUAGUGGUUCAUCGCUACUUACAGGUUUAAAUUAAACAACAUUAUAUGUAUUAAACAUCCUGACUUUAUUUACCUUUAGCUACAACGGUUGAGCACCCGUUCCUAGUAUGAGCCAUUUUUUUUUAUUUAUCGGUUUCAAUAAAAAAAAAAAUUUAGCUUCAUAAUAUUCUUCUGGUAGAAAGCACCCGAGAAGUAAUCCUUAUUUAAAUCGUUUUGUGCUCAAGUGUUAUUAUAGAUAGUAAUAAUAUUGAUAAAGAUAAACGUUUAGAAUCUAUAAGCGAGGAAACGAAUACAUCGAAAAUUUUAAUAAAAAUUACUUACUUUAAAUCCGAGCUUAACGAAGAAGUUUAAGAGUUAAUCUUAAAUUCCGAAUUUAAAUCGUUUCCGCUGGGAUCCGAUACUACUAUAAGUAUUAAUUUUAUAUCUAUGGAAGUCGAAUUGAAGAUUACACAAAUCAGUUUGUCACGUAAUAUUAGUUAUACAAAUGUGGAGUUGAUUGAGUAUUCAACUUCUUCAAGUUUUCUCGAGUAGAGUCGAGUACUCUCCUUAAUAUAAAACAUUUUUUUUUUUUGUAGGUACCUGACUGUUUAAUUUAAAACAAAUAAAUAUAAACCUUGGUAUAAAUUACACAUGUUUCACAGAUGCAAGGUAUUUUCAGAAAGAAUACCACGUUGAUGGUUUGAUUUAACAAAAAUAGGUUUUUAUUGUAGUACUUGUAUUAAAAUAAGAGUUAGUCAUGAAUUAGAGUACUCGAAGUUUGAACUGGACUUAACUCGAAAAAACAUAUUAUUUAAAUAAAUUAAAUUUCAUAAAACAAAACUCUUCCAACUUUAUGUAAAUAAGUUUGGUUUAUCGAAAUAUUCCCUCGUCAAUAAAACACUCUCACGACGAAAAUAUCAAAUAUCCUCAAACUCCUUAAAGCGUACAAAACGAAACAAUUUUACGAUCACAUAGUUUCCGUUGUUAACGACUCUUGAAAUUAUAACUUAUCGGGAAGGCCGUAAUGUAAUAUGCUCGGAUUAUGAAAUUUCCCAAAUUUAAUAGGUACCUAAACUAAUUAUUAUAGGUAUUAAUGUUUGGCGUUUUUAUGUUGACUUUUAUCACGCGUGGAUAUCUUAAGAUAAUAAUCGUUAUUACCGCACGUAAACAUAUUACUAUAGACUUUCAUAAAGUUAUAAAAAUAUAAUAUUAGGUACUUUUUAUGCACGAAUAAAAGUGUAAAAUUUGUAAUUAAAACACACUUAGCGGCUUUUACUAAACUUGUUCAGGAGUGCAAAUCGAUAAGAUUAUUUGACCUACUCCUUUUAUUAUCUUCUUCGGGGUAUAACAGCGAUCUCAACAGGACUAUCCCCAUCAUAUAUCUUAACCUCCAGCUAUCUCUAUCUGAUGCUAGUGUAGUCGUGUUUUACAAUCUAAACGACUUCCUUGUUCUUCUAUGGUUUUUUUUUUUUUAUUAUUUCUUAUCACUGAAAUCUCAGUUUUCCGUGGUCUUUCCCUUGACUGGUUCCUUUCCCGCACUGUAGAAAGCAAUUGAUAUUAACUCUUUCGAACGUGCCCUGUUCGUUGUAAUCUCUUAUUUUCUAAUUGCUUCUACGAUAUUCGGUUUCUGGUUCUAGUAGUUCCUAGUUGUUUGUAAUGUUUUAUUCAAUAAUACAGUAUAUUUUGUAACUCAAAAUAUUUUUUGAAUCAUUAUUUAAUAGUUCUAGAAGUUUAUGCCAAGAAAAUAAUAUGCACAUACAAGUAUUUUAUAAUAUGUACGGCUAGAAAACAAAAAAAGUAUAAUUAUUUAUACAACAUAAAAUAUAAUUUCAAAAUAGAACAUUUAAUAGAAAUCUUAUAUCCUAAUCGUAUAAUUCGUAACAAAUCGUAUUUUUGUUUAUUUUAAAUAUUUCGCAUGCCAUUACUACGACCACAAACAUCGCUUAAAAAUUCAAUAGUUUUUGAUAUUCUGUGAUUUUCUUUAUUAUAUUUUAAAAGUAACACGUGUUUCAAAUUCAAUAAUAAUGUUAAUUUUUAUUUUCGGAAACCUGUACUUAAUUCAACGUAAAAGGCCGAAAUGAAAAUAAAAAAAAAAUGGCGUUUUCAUAGGCACCUACCAGUCAUGUUUAAAACGAAACACUAAUCAUUUAUACUUUAAGAAUUAUUAUUUUCGAUUUAAUUUAUUACGAAACAUAUCGUUUUUAUUUUAGUUUUUUUUUUUUCUUGUGGCAGACUGUACCAUCAGAAUUAUUUCCUUUUUGCGAUCAUCUCAUUAUUUCAAAUCAACUUUAAUAUUUCUUUUUUUUUUUAAUAAAACGCGUAGUUAUAAUAAUAUAAGUAUUUUAUAAUCGUAUUUUUAUAAUAACAAUUCUGUUGCUAGUAUAUUAUUUUAUACACGCCCUUAAAAUAAAAAUAUUUCUUACGCAUUUUAUUACGAUAUUUUCUCUCUCUUUUUAUGAAUUUUUAGAUUGGUUUGUAACUUCACACAUUUGUUUCGGUCGCUGCUUUCCCUUUUAACUGUAAAUACAAAUCUCAUCUUUGAACUCCCAUGAUCUAUUUUAUACAUUUCAGUAUAUAGCCACCUAGAGCUUUCUAUGUGGUUCUUCUCCUCCUCAAUACCACCAUCUAUAAUGAAUUUCAACACACCUUCACGUCUGAUUAUAAUAAUAAAGCCGAUGCACUCAUUUCGUUUUUUUAUCAAACUUUUCUAUAGUGUCUCUCUUUCUAAUAGCACAUUUAAAUAUAUUAUUUACCCGGGCAAGCGUAUUCUAAACAUUUAUUCUUUAUCACACCAAUUUUCAAACUCGUCUAAAAUCGUUUGUAUUUCUAUAUCAAUAUCGUACAGGUUUUACUUGAUAAUUUCAUAAAAUAUGUUCCAAAAAAUGUGUUUUCAGUUAUUAAUCUUCCUUGAAUGAAUAGUGAAUACUAUAUAUUUUUGGAUAAGAUUAAUAACCUUUUCGUCAUAUAUAAAGUGUAACACGACAUUAAAUUUAAUCUUAUGAUAACUAUCAUAUUGUUUAGUAACUUAAAAGCUCAUCAGCUUUUUAUUAAUUUGUUUUUCGCCAAAAAUCUAAUCAUUAGAAUUUCUAUCGAAUUUAUCCAGAUUUACAAAUACCAACGAAUCCGUCAAUUCUCAUCCAUUAAAGUAUUAUGAUUAUCCCAAAACCACAAUCAUUAUGUACAUUAUACAAAUUCCAAUACAUUUAAUUGUUUUCGACGUAUUGUAUUAAUUAAAUUUUAAAAUAAAUUGUAAUAUGUAUUCUUGUCUAAUUGAUUUAUCCAUUAAAUUGUUGGUUAUUGAUUUUAUUAUUAUAUAUAUCAUAUACUGUUCAAAAAUAUAUAGGUUAACACACAUGGCAAAGACGUAUAAUUUUAAUUAAAUUAUUUAAAUAAUCAGACUGCUAUUCGAGAAUAUUGAUCAUUCAAAUAAUAUCCCAAAUUAUAUAAACAUAAAAUUCGAUUAUUUCGGGGGGUUUGCUAACCCGUGUAGUUUAUUUCGUUUGAUAUUUUAGAAACUCACACACCCUUUUAAAUUGUAUGUUAAUACAUACAAUAUUAUAUCAUUACUUUAAUCAAUAUACAUUACAAAAAUAUCUUCUUUUUCUUCUUCACCGAAAUCUCAGCUUUUAAGUGUCAACCACCCUCGUCUUAAACUUCCUCUUGACCCGAUCUCCCAUCGAAUCACCUAUUUUUCAGUUUUCCUCUUUCUCUAUUUUCUCCUGCAUUUAUUUUAAUUACCAUUCAUACUGAUUUUGUUGCCUCUGUCUUAAUGAUGUGCUCAAAUUAUUUAAGCCUAUUUUCUCUAAUUUAUUUACUAUCGAAUUUCCACGUCUAUGCUACUUCUUAUGUACAUUCCUUAUCCUAUUUUCUCUCGUCACUCCACUUAUCUAUUUAAGUGUUCUCAUCUUUUUUACACUUAUUCUCUGGCUACCACCCAUUACUCUGAACCAUAUAACAAAAUCACCUCAAUCUUGUAGACCUUACUUUUAAGUACAACGGAACUUAUCGUGUCACCUGAAACCUCUGACGUUUAUCUUUACUUUAUCUAACGACACUUAAUUUUAUGUUACACAUCCUUUUUUUGUUUUCACAUAAAUCCGAUAAAGGACAAUCCGUCCAAGCCUUUGACAUUUUUUGUUAUAACUAUUCUAUUGGAUACUUAGGCUAAGCAGUUACCUAUUUAUUAAUUUUUUCCAGAGGAAUAAAUAAGCUAAGAUCAAAAGAAGAAAAAAAUUUAAUUUUUUUAUGAGCAAUAUAACGAGUGUGUUAAAAAUAAAACUUCAGACAACUUUUUAAGUAUUUAGUCGUACUUAGAAAUAUCUAUCAGAGCUUAAUAUUUUAUGAAACUUUAUUUUAAAUCCCUUUCUUGUGAAUACAUUUUUUAUAAAACUAUUUUAAUUAUUUACUUUUUAUUUUGUUUCUUUAUUUAUUAUUUUGUUUAAAUAAUAUUCAUUGUUAUUGAUGACGUAGACUGUAGUAGAGUGAAUCUAUAUAUAUAUAUAUAUAUAUUAUUACUAUUUGGUAAUUAUAAUAAUGUUUAUUUAUUUUUUUACUAUAAACAAUUGUCGGUUUCGGGAAUUUUAAAUUUAACUAAACUUUUUUGUAUUAUUUACUUUUUAAUUAAAUUUAAUGAGUAUAUAAUUUGUAAUAACCAUUUAAAUCAUCUAUUGGCUAUAACCUAUUAAAAUAUUGUUAUAAUAUUUCUAAUGAUAAACUGGGCAACAAUGGCAAUGUCGCUUCCUAUUUUGUGCUCAGUUGUAUGAAACCUUUGAUGAAUCAAAAUCAUGUUCUUUGUUAUUCCGACACUGAGCGCAAUAACGCGCAGGAAAAACACGUGCAACAUAUUACAACCCCACUUGUCGUCUAGUACAACAAAUACAGGUACUGUGAUAGUAUUCUAAUCUUCUCUCCCAGGGAUAAUUAUAAAAUAUAAUAAUCAUAAAAUAUUAUCUUUAAUAUUAUAAUAAUUAUAUUAGACUCAUAAUACUAUCUAUAUAAUAGUAUAAUCGAUACAAAUAUUCUACAUGAAAUAUUAAAAUCGUAUACAACCAUAUAUAUAACUGAAUACUUCAGUUUGAAUAGAUAAAAAAAAAAAUUGGGUGCAUAAAAUUGUUGUUACUACUGAUAACAGAUUGAAAAAAAAUUUUACAGUUUCAAAUCUCGUAAAUUUUAAAUUAUCGAGUACUAGCGAUUUAAACGAAAAUUAUUAUUGGCCCCGUGCAAUAUAUACAUUUUAACCGAUUACUAAAAUAAAAUACACCAAGUAGAGUAUGAAUGAUUAGUACGUUUUACGGGUAUUAUAAAUCUGUUUAGUGCAGGUCAUAAAUAACAAUUUAUAAUAAUAAUAUUAUAAUAGUAAUAAUAAUCGCGUUUAAAAAUUAUUUCAAAUUGUUAAUUGAAAAUAAUAAAUUAUAUAUUUAUACCUGAGUAGAUAUAUUUAUUAUUAAAAGCUCGAAAAUAACUAUUUAGUAAAAAUAAUUUUUAGUAUUUUCCCAUUUCCCCAUAUUAUUAAAGAAAAUAUAAAAAAAAUUACUUUCUUAUGCGCAAAAUAGAUGCAAAAUUCUACAAAAAGCUAUCUUAUCGUUUGUUUUUUUUUUUAAGUAUAAUUUCUGAGAAAAAGUUAUUAACAGGCACAAAAAAAAUCUCAUCAUAGUAAAAUUAAUGCAUUCCUCACUACACUAAAAAUUGUAUACAAUCAAAUAAUAAACGGACUAAAAAAAAAAAAAAACAUAUUCAUAAAAUUACAGAGCGGGCCAUCCGUAGGGCUUUAAAUACACCAAUAUUAUGUAUCAAAACUAAAACUUUAUAUAUUUAUGGAAUUUUUAAUAAAGUUUACUAUUUUAAAAUUAAAAGUAAGGAGUGGUUUCACCCACGAAAUUAAGGGUAACACAAAAUGUAAUUUUUUUUUUUAUCAUUUUAAGAUUAGUAUUAAUAAUGCGUUAAACGUUUUAGUUCUAUAUAAUGGAAAGUCGGUUUUUGUACUUUCAACGUAUUAUCGCGAAUCCAAUUAAAAUGUAAUCGUGAUGUUGAUAUUAUUACAAAACUCAAAUCGAUUUUAAUUGAAAUUAAAAUAAAUAUUUGUUAUACGCAAUAUUAUAUUUGUUUAGUGACAAAAUAACAAUGCUCACACGACGAUUGUCGGAGAGGGUUAUUUUUAAAAAUUUGAAUGCUUAAUUUAACCAAUAGUUUGGUAAACGCGUUUUUAACUUGCACACAAUUAUUUACUUUGUAGCCUAUUUUCAAACAUUAUUUUAUAGUAUUUCGAAAAUUCGAAAUUUUGUGUGAUAUAAUCGGUCACAAUAUUUUAUCGCAUAUAACAUAUUUUUUAAACCUUGUGUUAAUAAAUUGUUUUUUCGGACAAAGAAAAAAAAUAUACAUUUUUAAUUUGUAUUAUUAACGUAUUGAUUAUUAAUUUCUAAUUUAUGAUACAUAAAUUCUCAAUGUUGAAGACAAAUCGGAAAAAUCACUGUGCUAGAUGAAACUCUUGGAGCGAAACUGCCGGCGUCUCCAUCACUUUUAUUUAUUUAUUUACGGAAUAAUAUUUAAAUUACAAUAAUAAUUAAAAGAUUAACAGUGUUAUAAUAAAACAUUUUGGUAAUUCACAACUUUUAAAAUAAUUAUCAACGGUAUACACACACUUAUUAUAUGAUUGGAACUUGCAAAAUACCUCCUUGGUUUUUGAUAUGAAACGUAAGGGUAUGUAGAUAUUUAUACCUAAUCCGAUUCACUUAAUUAGAACAGUUGGUUUGCCAUACUACAUACUACACUGGCCGGCCUUUAGGAUCGAGUCACUGGCCGAUAUAAAUAAAAGUUUCAAAGUUUUAUUUGACAGGUCAAAGAGUCUUAGGACAUUCAUUCACCACUUAACAUAGUUAAAAACAAUUUAACAACGGUAGAAUUUAUUCCAAGCACGAUUUUUAAAUAUUAAAAUAAUAUAAAUACUCUUGAUCUGAGUAACCCUGUUCUCCUAGGUUGGGUAUAGCAAUAUCGGACGAAGCAGUCUAACCUAUCCCAACAGAGUCGAGCGGUGUGUGUGGUGUUUGAUAAUUUACAAACCAUAUUAUAAUUAGACACUCGAUGAUAUUAUUAAGACUGACCACGAUUUAGAUUCAGCUUAUCACCCAAUUGUUAUUAAAACUCGACUAUAGUCCCGACCGACUACUGAUUUAUUAAACACGCACACUGAGCUCGUAUUCCGCAUUCCAGUUUUAUUCCUAGCGCCCAGCUAUGUAAAAUGCGAGACGACUUAUGAGAGAUGUAUGACAAGUCUGCCAUAAAACAGUAUCAUUACAAUAUGUUGUAAUAGUAAAUAUUUAUUGAUUUUUUUUUAAGUUUUAAGAAAAUUAUAUAGAGGAUCAAAAUACAAUAUUAUCAUGUUAUUUAUAUAGGCCCCUAAUACAUAAAAAUCCAAAUAUUGUUUUCUAUUGAUAACAAAAAUUAAACUUGUUUAACGCUGUAUAUUUUUGUGACUUAAAAUUAAUUUAUUACUAUUCGAUUGCAUGUCGUUUUGACGCUUGUCUGUGUAAUUAGCAUAAAGUUAAUUUAUUAAUAAUAUGUUUUUGAUGUUGAUAAGAUGCAUUUAAAAAUAUAUAUAUAUUACAGGUUUACAAUAUUAAAUUCGGUUUUGGUCACUAAAAGUGCUGACUUACAAGAAUUGGUCGAUUCGGAAUCGCGAGUUAUGUUGCUGUACUGUACGAGGGAAGAGGCCCAAAAAAUAUUAAAGUCAGCCUACUCUUUUGGAAUCACGGGUGAAAACUACGUGUGGGUAGUGACUCAAAGUGUGAUGGAGAAUUUACAAGCCCCUCAAUUGUUUCCGGUCGGAAUGCUGGGUGAGUUCAAGAAUACAUUAUAAUAUUACAAUAAUUAUCUUUUAAAACGAAAAACUGAUUUUUAACGGUCAAAUAAAAAAAAUGUAUUAUUAAGUAGUAAACUUUCGAGAAAAUCUUAAUGCCAUUUCCUUGUUCUCAAGGAUUAAAAUAAUUUAUUAUAUAUAGAAUAACGUCGAUAUUAUAACUUUUUAUUUUCAAAUUUAAAAUCCAUCAUCGCGAUUAUGAGAAGAAAAAAAUACACCCGUGUGCAGUAGAGUUCUGUCACUAAAAUUGUCCACACCCGGCAUAAUGCUGCUACUAUAAUUAAUAUUUUAUUUUUUAUUUAAUCCUUAAAAAGUGUGAAAAAUAUGCAAUUUUAGUAUAUUACCAUUUCAGUCGUAUGUGUGGAGUAAAGGUUUACAUGGUUUAAACUCUCCAAAGAAACAUCCUAGGCAGCGACACAAUACAAAUAGUAUCAUCCACUUUUUUUCAUUUGAGGGUCAGUAGAAAUAUAUAAUAUUUAAAAAAAACACCUUGUAAUCCAAGAACAUGCUGAAAUUCUGAUUGAAAUUCAUAAAUGAAUAAAUAAUAAAUAAAUUUCACAUUUAUCACUGAAAUCUGCCUAUAAAACUACUAAGUACAUUUAGUCCAGAGCAGCUAUAUAAGGGUAAAAUUUGACAAUAAUAAUAUUGAACUACUAUCACUAUAGUAAAACAUGAAUAAAAUUCUAAAAAUAUCCCCACUACCUUCCUACCUACCUAUCUUUAUUACUUAUCUAGGUGUACUUGUAUUUAAUAUUGUAUAACUUAUUCAAAAUUCAUUUUUUCAAAUGUUUUUUUUUUUACUAUGGAUAUUUGAUAAUAAUAAUAUUUGUUUAUUUUUCAAGGUAUAAAUUAAAUAUCACGUUACGACAUGUAAAAAUUAAUUAAAAUAUAUCGGUUAGUGAAGGUUCAUUUGUUGUUUGGGUAGGAUUAAUUUUUGUGAGCCUAUAUAUUAUAUAUUCAGCAGCUCGUUAAAAAAGGACCUAGCUCGAUUAACCACAACCCCUAACGUAAACAAUAUUCAAACGUCAGGGUCGUGGGUCGCAUAUAAUAUUAUAUGCUAAUAAUAAAGUUAAUUUGUUGGAUAACGAUUCAUAGUAUAAUUUAUCAAGACCGUUUAAAGAUAGCGUAGUUUACAGUAAUAAAUCGGCAGUUUAUAUAAUAAUAUCGAUUUGGCACGAAAUAUCACCAAAACUUCUAAAAUAUAUUUAUGAUCAUCUUAUCUUGAAACAAAGUUGUUAUAAAAAUAUUCCUACCUUGAAAUUUCAACGUCGAAAACUAAAUGCAAUUUCUGAUAAUUUUGUCCUAUUAAUAAAUUUUGUUUUCGAACUAUUUUAACGAUAUUAAUAACUUUUCCGACGGAAAUAUGAUAAUUCGAUUAUUACAAACGUUUUAUCUUCACUUCAUUGGUGAACAAUAAAAAUAAAUAUAAUUACAACAAUUUUUUCAUUCCUACAGAAGAUAUUAACUGAAAAUAAUAAAUUAAUAAUUUCAAAAAAUACAACUUUAACAAAUAAUAAACUAUAGGAUAAUAAACAAUAAUUUGUUCUAACUGAACGAUCAUGUUCCAUUCCAUGUUCCAUAGAUCAUUUUAAAAAUAUUAAACAAACAUUUGACCUUUGAUUACUGUUUAUAAGUUUGGUUCUAAAAUUCAUUUUCAAUAAUAUAAUUUUACUGAUAAUUACUAGUAACGUAAAAUAUGCUGAUAGUGACAAAAAAUUCAAUUAAUUUAAAAAUUAUUGGAAUAAUAUUUAGUUUUUCACCUCGAAAUUUUGAUAUUCAUGACCAUAGAAAAUAAGGUCCCACUACUUCCUCUCCAUCAACCCACUGGCAAUUUCUCGCUUCUUCGGACGAAUAUAUUUACAAUUUUCAACACAUUUUGAAAGAGUACUAUACGUUUUGAGGUAAAAAAUGCAUAUAAUAUGUUUCCACGUUUCAUGCUCCUGCGCGUAAUAUAUUAUCACCACUGUUUCUACGAAGUUCAUAGUUGUUAAAAACGAUUUGGACUUUUAAAAAAAACUUACGAUUUUAUAGCGGUGUCAUUUUAAUUAUAUAAUGUGUCUAAUAUUAAAUAAGGUACUGAUAAGAAAAAAUUGUCCAAAAUAAUCUUCUAAGACCAUGCUCGUACCUGUAUAUAAAAUAAAUAUAUAAUUACCGAUUAUUUACAUUUUAUAAUCGUUGGAUUUAUUAAAACCUGUUAUAGUUUUGAGAUGAGUUAAUAUAUAUGUACGUAUGUAUGUAUGUAUGUAUGCAUGUAUAUAUUAUAUAAAUAUACAAGUCAAGUAAACUGGUGAAUAAGAGGUAGAUGACUAAAAGCGUACAGUUUCUGUUUUAAUUUCCCAUCAUAUUAUAUAUGUAUACAAAAAACAGAUUGCGAACGGAAAUGGAAACAACCGAGUCAACGAACCAAACACAAAAGAAACAAUGAGAGAUACGGAGAAAAAAAAUUAAACUGGAAUAUAAGUUUUAAUAACAAUAAUAAAAAGUACAUGGUUGUUUUAAUGGUUAAGUCAGAUUUACAUAUUUUAGGGUAGGUAUAAAAAAAAAAAAGAUAUUAUUUUAUUAUUUUUCAGAAGAAUAUACAAUAUACAUAUUUAUGUUAAGAUAAAAAAAAGUAAUGAAAAGAGUUUUAUUAAAUUAACCUUGUAUUUUAUUGUAAUAAUUGUAUCACAAAUUCGUCUCAAAUCGACCGUUUCUGCUCUACAUAUAUCGCGAUCAAUGUUAUCAUAAGUAACCAAUGUUUUUAUUUAGAUGAAAUUUAAAAAUUAAGAAUAAAAAAUUGAGUUUAAAUAAAGACAAUAUGUAAUUUUCAUUAAUCGAUAGCUGAUAAUGUAUAAUGUUUCGAUUUAUAAAUUAAUAAAGGGAGUUAAUUCAGAUUCAAAACAUAUUAAUACAUAUUCAAAAUAGUAUGUAGAUAAAUACUAUAAGUAAAUCUGUUCAAUUCUUUAUUUAAAAUAUUAUACGAAAAAUACAUAUUUAUAAUACAAAAACAUGACAGCGGAUUUGUGAAUUUCCGAAGUUACAGCAUGUGUACCAGUGUACCAGAUGAUUCAUUUACACUCAUUAUCUCGGAAAGUAUUAACUUUUCCGGAAUUCGUUUUCUAAAACAUUUACGAAACGAGCUGCUCCCCAAUUUUAUAUUUGUGUUAUUUUUGUCACCCUUAUUUUUAGGAGUAUAAGUGUACCCACUUAAAUGAAUCACUUGGUAUAUAAAAACAAAUGUCAUGUGUUAUCUAAGCCUUACAUAAUUAAAAUUAUAAACUAUUUUUGUUUUUUCUAGAUAAAAUAUAUUAUAUUUUAGGAUAUAGUUUUUAAAUGAUUCUUUUAAGAUAAUCACAACACUGAUUGCAGAGAAGUAAUAUUAUUUUCAAUUUUUCGCAACGAUAUAUUUUUCUAAAUCUUAUAUCCCGAGUGGAAUAUUCGGAAAAUUAAAAUACGCAGAUACUCGUUCGUAGUUCGUCACAUUUGAAUUUCCGGAAACUUUCUACCGCGUUGAACCGAAAAAUUAUAAUAAUAAUUACACACUAUAAUCGUGUGUAUCGAAUGGAUCGUGAAAACGAUACUAUAAUCAGGCGGUUAAUAUAGCCGAAUUUAUUAUAAAAUUAAAUUGCCCGCAACUUUCAAACAUAUUAUUUCGUGGUAAAAUAAUCAUUUUUGAGGCGUAUUUUAAAAAAUAUAUCUUCCUAACAAAAAUGUAAGAAUGAAAUGAAAUUGUAUAUAUUUUUACAUAAUAUUCUACGUUUGCGGAUCAAUUUUCAAAUAACGUAUUCAUUUCAAAUUGAUCGAUUUAAGAAUAUUUACAGUACUAAAAUAUACGUAAAACAAAAUAUCUCAACUUCAUUAUACGAGUACCGCGUGCCCCCGCGUAAUCCGAGACGUGCGUUAAUUGCUUGCGGAUUUUGAACCGUGCUCGGGUCUGUUUUAUCCUAUACAAACAUUAACCCGAUCAGAAAAAAAAAUAGUUUUAUCAAGUCUCUGACAAUCGCUAAGUUGUCCGCUCUAAAAGUUUCCUUGAUUUCAUAAUCUUCUCGAUUUUUAAAAAUAUUCAUUAAAAUAACUCCUUAUAAACAUAUUUAUGUUGCAUUUACUAUCGAAAUUGAACACCUAUAAUUGUUUAGGAACAUUCUUAACAACAUAAAUGUUGAUUUUUAAACAGAGAUUACGAGAUAAUAGAACAAAUUGUAAUCAGCUAUCAGCUUAAACUCAGUUUAAGGACGAACUUCUUCGUUUAAGUUUGGUAAAAAUGGUACUUGGUUAGGUUCAAAAGUUGAUUAAAAUAUAAUAUUAUCUCUAAUGUCGUACUACAAGAUACUUUUGUACGGCUGUACCAAAAUUAAUCAUUAAGAUGUUAGUCCGAAACAACUGGUCAUAUUAUUAUUAUCAAUGAAGAUAACACUAUUAAAAUCCGAAUUCGUUUAUAAUUGAGUAAUAAAUUAUAAAACCGUAAUUGAAUUAAUUUGUAACUGUUGUUUUUUUGAAAUGUUAUAGGCGUGCACUUUGAUACCAGCAGUGACAGUUUAGUCAAAGAGAUUACGACGGCCAUAAGAGUGUUUGCGUACGGUGUAGAAAAUUUCGUCAAUGACCCGGAGAAUGCAAACGAAACUUUAACAACACAAUUGUCGUGCGAGGGCGAAGGCGAAUCACGUUGGGGGACUGGAGAAAAAUUUUAUAGGUUAGUUUUGAAAAGUUAUAACUAGUUAAUAAUAUAUAAUAAGAUUUUCCAGCGAUUCGGUAUUGAAGCGAUUUUGAAAAUUAAAUUAAUUGAAUACACAAUACGUCAGUACGUUUGAAUAUUGUAUUGUAUCCAACGAGACUUUAUAAACGAAAUCUGCAUCAAAUAGUUUACAUUCCAACUAUUCGGAAUUCGUAAAAAAAAAAAAAAGGAAUUUUCACAUGUUGGAUUAUAUAAUAAGGCGAACACGCCGUUUGGUGACAGCGAGAUAAAUUUCUGAGGAUUAAUCAACAUCCAUUCCAUCUAGCCAUGACCAUAAAUUAUACUCACGCUCAGACUUGUCUGCUCUUCCUUCACCGACGUCCUUUUCAAUUUCCCGCCGCCGUGUCGUUAAAAUAAAAUAUAGUAAAAAUUCAAAUUGGAUUUUCUCGGGUUCCACAUAGUUUUUAUUAUACAUACAUGUAAGCACUUUUAAAGAAAACGUAGCUGUGAUUAAAAGAUUGAUUUAGUUGGCUUGGCACAUAUUAUUAUUAUAGUGACGAUCAUCUGAAAUUCUCUCAGCAUAAUAUUAAUGUGUAACAAAAAUUCCUCGUAAGAUUUAUAACGGAAAAUAUUUGGUUAUUAUAUAGAUAUUUAAGAAAUGUCAGUGUCGAACAUGUAGAGCAAGCAAAACCAAAAGUCGAAUUCACAGCUGAUGGCGUUUUAAAAUCCGCUGAGUUGAAAAUCAUGAACCUUAGACCAGGAGUUGGGAAUUCGCUUGUCUGGGAAGAGGUAAGUAAAAAACAAAAAUAAAUUUGUAUAUAUAUACAAAAAAAUACAAAAAAAAAAUUAUAUAUAUAUAUAUAUAUAUAUACAUAAAUGGGUGUAUCUUAAAAACUCAGUCGCAAUGCUACGACUAUCUGUUAUAUUAAAUUCAUUAUAAAUAUUUGAAUAUAAUUAUUUGUAUAUUUCGUGACAGUCAAAUACGAUUGUUAAAAGUAGAAGUGUGCUAGAGUUCUUCAAGAACUUUCUGUGGUAUUUCUGCAAUUUAUAAAACAGAUACAGGGUAAGGUAGGUGUAUGAUAUUUGCAGAUGAUAUAGUAUUAGAAGGAGAAACGUUAAAAUAAGUUAACAGUUGUUAACUAUAAGUUAACCGGCUUGAGAACUAGAAAACAAAAUUUAAAGGAAAUUAUAAAGGAUUAGUAGAAAUUAAACUGAGUAUAAUACAGGGUGAUUUUUUUUUUAUUAUGAAUUAGCAAUCUUAUCUCGGAGGAUUUUAAGUAAAUAUUAAAAUCAGUUUAAUUUUCACCCCUACUCCAUAUAACUUAAAAAGUAUAUACUUCUCUUUGUCAAAUAGGAACCCUCACCCCUUUUGGACACAGAUUCGAAUAGGGAAUAUUUUUUUUAACAAUGUUGGUAUAACAAUUAUAUCUGUUUAUGAGUUAUAAAUUGUUUAAAGUUUAGACUGGAAGAGUGGGAAAGAGUUAUCAAUUUAUCAUUUAAAAAUAAAUAUGCAAUUUACUGCUCUUUCCUUCUCCUACGAUUUAAACUAUAAACGGUUAUAAUGCGUACCAAAAUUUCUAGAAAAAUAUUACAUAUUCGAAUCGGCGUCCAUCUAAAUCGGUGCCUAUCUAAAAAAAAAGUAUAUAAAGAUACAAGGUAUAUAGAGUAUGAGUAAAAAAUUAAAAAUGAUAUUAAAAUAAAGAUUAAAUGAUUCCACAAUGAUUAAAAACAAACAGAAAUUAAAUUCACUUUUAAUCCUCUGAGAUAAUUGUUGAUUUAUGAUAAAAAAAAAAUCACUCGGUAUUGAGAACGAUUUUGAAAAAAGUAAUAAUGAAAUGAAGCAAAGUAGGUUUAUAAAUGCAUAUUGGUGGAAGAACGCGAAGAAAAAUUCAAAAAAAGUUAUAGAUACACACGUUGUUAUGGGUAUAGCUUAUGUUAGAGGCAAUACAGGUUCAAUACAAUAAAAGUAAAUCUACUCUUUGAUCCAAUUUGUAUUAUUAUUAAUUAGUUUUCGAGAGAUAAAAAUGAAAAUUACAUAACAUUUUAAUAGAAGUUAAAAGUAGUAAAUGUUAUAGGUAAUCAUUAAACAUUAUGUUAUAUAUAUAAUAUUAUUAAACAUUAUAUAUUGUAUUUAAAAGUACAACAUUAAACACGAACAUUUAAUUGUUACUUAGAACGAACUAUCGUUUAUAAGCAAAUAAAAAUAUACAAUAUUGUUUAGUUGGAGUGUAAGAAAGUCGUUUUAAAAUUUCUCGAGUGAUAUUUUAAAUAAUUGGGCAAAAACGAGAAAAAUGGGAAAGUUUACAGAAUUAACAGUAUCGAUAUUUUUAAAUUUGUUCUUUUUACUUGUCAGGUAAUUCAGCUACAAAUAAUAUUGGAAACCAGACAUUUUUAAACAUUUUUAACGCGCUCCGAUCAUUUUUGAUCUAUUUAAAUACAUUUUAUAUUCUCUAGUAUUAGAUUCAGCGUAAGGUUGAAAACCACUAACUAGUUAGCCGACAACCAAUUAGCCACUAAAUGGUUAUAUGUAAUAAUUUACUUAAAUUCACAUUAAAUAAUAUAAUUUAAUACAGAAAUUCAUGACUUAUAAAAAACUUUAGACAAAUGUCAUAACUAAGUAUUUUUUCUCAAUAUUCACAGAGUGGCGAUGAGUGGCUAUGAAUUAAUUUUUAUAGUCCUCGAGUUACGGUUAGUUUGGUCAAUAGGUGUAAUAUUAUUUUUGACUCUUUGUACAUAACAUCGAGUACCGUUUACCGAUAUAGUGACGAUGUGUAAAAACACAUACUCACUGUUUUCAUCAAUGUGUACAUCAAUAUAUUUAUUGAUUACUGAGCUAUGUGACUGUUUAACAUACUUAUCACUUAAUUCGCAGUUUUUAUGAGAAUUUAAAUACUUUGAAUUCAUCAUAAUGGUAUAGAACACCAAAAAUUAAAUUUUUAUUGUAUAAGUACAAUUGUAUGGCGAAUCUUAAAAUUUCUCCUGUAAUAAUUCAGGAAAUUCAUAAUAUGUCUAUGAGAUUAUAUGAAUUUCGUAUUUUUUUACUAUUUCGUGAACAGUAAAAAAUAAAACCUCGUUUAAAAGAAAUCUCUCCUGUACAUUUUUGUCAAGCUAUUAAAGAAUUGUAUUCUUUCUUUUAAAUACAGUAGUAUUUAAUAUUUUACAGUCAUUACAGGUUGUACAGCUAUUAAACAAUAACAAAUAAAGCUUAUGUACUGAUAAUUAUUGAAAAGAAAAACAAGUUUUAAUACAGGUAUCUCAAUAUACUUGAAACGAAUCCCACACAGAGAAUGCUUUCUAUUUGAAUAAACAAAAGUGUUUUUUAAAUAAAAAGAAAAGCCGUUUUCGUAAUAUUAGAAUACUUCUACUAAACGUAUGUCAGAUAAUAUGUAACAUUUUAAAACUGAUAAUUGGCUAUCAGUUCAGUAAAACAGAAAGCGUCCUGCAUAUUUAAAAAAUUAUAUCAUUCAACCUAAGAGUUGUUAAAUUAAUAAGUUGUUGAACUGAUUUUAGUUCUGUAAAAUUUGCAGAGCUGUUAAAACACAGACUAUUUGUUAUCAAUUAAUAAUCAUUUUGUUAUUACGAGAAAAAUAACAACCACGGAUGUUAACAAAAUAAAUGGUUAUAACCAUAAAAUAUAACAUAUACAUGGAUAUCUAAAUAAUAAGACUUCCAUGAGUCGUUAACUAUAAUUUUAUAGAACCUAUAGUUUAUUAAACUAACAAAUUAUAUAAGUUAUAAAUAAUAACUAUUUUCAUGCAAUCUAAAAAUUUUUUUAAAAAAGACAAAAAAUUAAUAAUAUCACUUAUAUACAUACACAUAUAUAUAUUUAUACGCAUAGAUCGGUGUUUGGAAAUCUUGGGAACGUGAAGGGUUGUACAUCAAAGACAUCGUUUGGCCGGGAGACAGCCACACGCCGCCUCAAGGAGUACCGGAAAAGUUCAAUUUGAAAGUCACAUUUUUGGAAGAGGCGCCUUACAUAACGCUUGCACCUCCCGACCCGAUAACCGGAAAAUGCAGUAUGAACCGAGGUGUUAUCUGCCGAAUUUCCCGGGAAAGUGAUACACAAGGGUAAUAAAAUAUUCGUCCAUUAUUAUUAUGAUGUUGUGAGGUAAUAUUAACACGACGAUUUCUGCAGGGUAGAAAAUACCGAGACGCACCGCAAUAGCAGUUACUACCAGUGUUGUUCGGGUUUUUGUAUAGAUUUAUUAGAAAAGUUUGCUGAGGACCUGGGAUUCACUUACGAACUCGUCAGGGUCACGGACGGAAAAUGGGGCACUGUCGAAGUGAGUAUAUCACAUUAUUAUAUUGCAUAGGUGAAAUUUACGUAAGAUGUAUAAUAUACAAUAUUUGAGUACACAUUUAUGAAUCUAAUUUUAUAAAAAAAAGGUAAAAUAAUAAGAAUGGGUGCAACAACUGAAGUAGAUCGGAAAUUGGGAAGGUAGCAUACAGACGGGAAUUUAAUGUAUAUCUAGAAACAUUGAUACCAUUAAAAUUAGAGCAAAAUUGCUAGUAGAAAAGUUGUCUACAGGCAAAAGAAGGCCAUAAUAUUUUUAGCUAAUACCUAUAUUUAUUAAAUUUUUCCGUUUUUUUUUUCGAUUUUUUGUAUUUGAUAAGUAAACUAGUGAGAAAAUCAAAAAACCAGUAAAAUUAUCUUUUAGAAACAUUGUCCACAGAAAAAAAUAAAUAAAUAUCUUUGUAAAAUCAUAAGCAACAUCACUCCACUCAAAAUCUAAAAGUAUUUGCAAUGCAUAAUUUAUUAUAUGAUUCUCUAAAAAAAAAAUACUUACUAUAUGACAGUAUCUUGUAUCUUCCAAUUCAAGUAUCUUAAAUACAAUACUUAUAUCUUGUAUCGUAUAUCAUCGCUUAAGGUGCCAGAAGAGGAACAAACUUAACCAUUUCUCCUCUUAGAUUAUUGUAAAUUAAAGUGAUUUUAUUUAAAUGAAAAAGAAUAUUUAGGAAUUCGUCAAAUGUAAAAAACCGAAAAAAUAAACGGAGGAAAUGUACGAAAUAUAUUACUAAAUUAUUACGAUUUUUUUUUUACGUGCACAAUUUUCUAACAGCAAUUUUGCACUAAUUUAUAAAAACAACAAUUUUUCUAAAUGAAAAUCCUAAUAGGUAGGUACUUUAAGGAGGAAUAUUUUCGAUUUUCCUAAGAGUUUUACCAGCAAAUGUGAAAAACCAGGAUAAAACAUGGGAAAGCCGGGAAAAACGUAGGAAAACCGGGAAAAUCGGUAGAACAUUAAUAAAUAUUAUUAAAGAAAAUAUGUAAAACCUAUUUAAUUAUUUAUUUGUAAUAUGACAUAUUUAUAUACAUUGUUGACAAAGCAUCACUUUCAACUGAACUCUGCUCAGAAUAAAUUUUUCGUUUUUAAUUUUAAUUUUUUUAAUAAUUUAAUAAUUUCAACUUACAAAUUUUGAAUCCAUUAUCAGAGCCAUAUGUUACUCAUUUGUAUACAUUUGGCUUUUCUUCUCUUCGUUGUAAAUGCAUCUUAGCUUGAGGCAGUCUUGCCAAACUUUAACUACAACUCUGGUUCUUAUUCAAAUACAUCACAAGCCAUUUACGAUUCCGUUGUUUACAUAAAAUAUAAUUACCUAUUUUAAUCAUUACAUUUUUGUGUGCAUUACACAGAAUGGAAAAUGGAAUGGUUUAAUAUCGGAACUGGUCAACCGGAAAACUGACAUGGUCAUGACGUCGUUGAUGAUCAAUUCCGACCGAGAGGCUGUAGUCGAUUUCAGUCUGCCGUUCAUGGAAACCGGUAUAUCUAUAGCUGUCACCAAGCGUACCGGUAUCAUUUCGCCGACAGCGUUUUUGGGUAAUUAAUCACAAUAGAGUUUUUUUUAAUACAGUAUAAUAUUACAUGAUACGAUAUAAUUAUUUCAUGUGACAUACCAGAACCAUUCGACACCGCGUCUUGGAUGAUGGUAGGCGUGGUAGCGAUACAAGCAGCUACGUUCUCAAUAUUCGCCUUCGAGUGGAUGAGCCCUUCCGGUUUUGACAUGAAGGUAUACACAUUCGCAAAUAUAACACGAGUUUUCGUGGCCCAUGAUAUGUGCUUUAUUAAGGUUUUUACAUAAGUGUCUGUGAACAAAUUUUAAUCAAAAGACUUGUUCCACUCAUCAAUACCAGGAUGGGUUUUUUAUAGCAAAUUUUGUACAUUAUAUUAUAUAAUGAUAAAUCGUGAAUGUAAUUUUAUCGUAUUUUAUGUAUUUUUCAUAAUAAUUUGGGAAAACGGGAUUAUUUUCACAACAAAGUUUCUAUUAAAAACAAUUUUUCUUUUAAUUUUUAAUCGGAAUUCUGUGAGAACUAUCCAUAGAUACUUGGAAUUUAUACAAAAUAAGUAUUUGGUAUACUUAUAUUAGAUAAGUUUUUCUAGCCUCAGUAUAAUUUUUUACAUAUUCUGAUACUUUUUGAGUUGUAACUAUAUAAAUUUCACUGUUUCACUAGUUUUUUUUUUUUUUUUUUUGUAGCUUUAUGUAUAUUUAAAUUUAUUCAAGGAUAAUUAUAAUUGACAAUAGUAUAAAAAAAUUAAAAAUCUGUAUUUAAUUCGAUUUUUCUUUUAACAUUUUAAGUGCAAAUUUAAGAAAAAAAACUUUUUGAAAAGACAAAUAAUAUUGUAAUUUAUUUUGUAGUUACAAGCUAAUAAUUAAUAAAUAAUUUAAAUUUACAUGUAUUGAAUAAUGUUAAACCUAACUCCGCUAAUUAUGAUUUAUCGUAUUACAUAGUAGUUUAAACUAGAUAACCUGUUACAUUCUCGUAUCCCACAUUUACAACUAUAUUAAUUCAAUUUCAGUCGGUUUCCCAAGCUCCGAAUCACAGAUUUUCCCUGUUCAGAACAUACUGGCUUAUAUGGGCCGUACUCUUUCAAGCGGCGGUUCAAGUAGACAUACCAAAGGGCAUAACAUCCAGGUACUUAUAAAACAAGAUUAUAUUACAUGCUAUUAAAUUGAAUAUCGCUUAUAAUUUUUACUUCUUUUUUUUCUUCAAAUAAUAAUUUUCUACAUACAGAUUCAUGACCAACAUAUGGGCCAUGUUCGCAGUGGUUUUUUUAGCCAUAUACACCGCCAAUUUAGCCGCAUUCAUGAUCACCCGCGAAGAGUAUUACGACUUUAUGGGAAUCGAUGAUUACAGAGUAAUUAUAUUUGUUUGCAUAAUGAAUUAUUAUACUGUCAAAAACUUAAAAUUGAAAAUUAUAAAUACCGUUUUCAGCUAAGUAGACCGCACAGUCACAAACCAAUGUUCAAAUUCGGUACAGUACCCCAUUCGCACAUCGAUUCGACUAUACAAAAAUACUUCCCGGAGAUGUUUUAUUACAUGCGAAAUUUCAACAGGACUACUGUGCAAGAAGGUCUCAGCUCGUUACUGACUGCGUAUGUAUUAAACGGCACAAAAAUAUACUUAUAGGUUAGGGAUGAAAAGUUUCGAAAAAAAAAUUAAAAAAUUUUUAAAACAAUAAAUUUCCUUACAAUUUUCAGAAAAUUGAAAAAACAAAUCAUUCGAUAGUUAUACUAUUGUAUUAUUUUAUCCACAAGUAUUUAUCGAAAAUGUAUUUUAUUCCAGAAAUUUUCAUCCUUAGUAUGAAAUUAAUUAAUUGAAUACAUACAACUGAUAUGAGUUAAAUGAUCGAUAAAACUAUUUGAUGGGCUUUUUUGAAAAUAAUAUAUUAUUAUUUUUUACUACUUUAGAGAACUUGACGCUUUUAUUUACGACGGUACGGUACUCGACUAUUUGGUGACACAAGACGAUGAUUGCCGUUUGUUGACGGUUGGAUCGUGGUACGCGAAAACCGGUUAUGCCAUAGCAUUCCAAAGGAACUCGAAAUAUGUUCAAAUGUUUAACAAGAGACUGUUGGAUUUCCGCGAAAAUGGUAUGAAUAUUUUCGGUGAAAAUUUGUGUCUCGACAAAAAUUACACCUUUUUUUAAAAAAUUACAUUGUUUUCGUUUAGGUGAUCUCGAAAGACUCCAGAGAUUUUGGAUGACAGGCACCUGUAAACCGGACGAUCAUGAUCAAAACGCAACCAGUGAUCCGCUGGCCUUGGAACAGUUUUUGUCGGCUUUUUUACUGUUGAUGGGCGGUACGCUAUUAGCAGCCCUGAUAUUACUAUUGGAGUGUUUGUAUUUUAACUUUUUCCGAAAGAAAUUGGCGAAAACCGAUCAAGGAGGAUGCUGUGCCCUCAUCAGUUUGGUAAUAACCGUACAGUAUAUAAUAUUCUUAACAUUUUUAUGAUUUGCAGGAUGCUAACAAUUAAUACCGUCCUGACAAACAUAAUUAUUUCCACUUCGGAGACAAUCAAUCAUGUUAAAGUUAAUCUUAGUCUUCUUGGGCUUUAUUAUCCCACCUCAAUAUCUUAGUUUCCCUAAUGAUUUAUUUUAAUAGGGUUAUAAGAAUCAUCUUAAUUCUUUUACCUGGCGAAAAAAUGUUCUAUUUUUAUGUCAUGUAGCAAUUUCAAAUCUUUUUUUUUAGCAAAAAAUUAUCUUUAAAAUAUUUCUUUCAAAUAUCAGAAGCGUAUUCUCAACAGUUUUUCAAACUGUGUAGAUUUCUAAAUAAUAUCAUUCCGAAACAUUUCCAAAAAUCGUAGAAUAUUGUUAUAAUUAAAUUAAAUUAUUAUUCAUUAUGUAUUUUUCUUGUAGAGCAUGGGUAAAUCGUUGUCGUUUCGUGGUGCCGUUUACGAAGCUCAAGACUUUCUGAAGUUUCGCCGCUGCAAGGACGCCGUUUGUGAUUCGCAAUAUCAGUUGCUCAGGAAUCAGUUGAUGAGCACUUAUUCUAAAAUGAAACAGUUGGAAAAGGAAUUGGAAAUGAGGAAACUGAAAGCGGAAAAAAGGUAAAACGUCAAAUCCCUAUAGAGUAUCUUGGUACAUUUGAACAAAAAAAAAAAACAUUAAACUUGUGUCGUCAGGAGGAAGAAAGCGAUGUCACAUUCCGCUAGGCUAUUUCAGUGUAUCGCUGAAAACCACGAUAAAUACCCGGAUAAAAACCAGUAAGAGCUAAAUGCAAAAAAAAAAAAUAUAGGAUAUAGGUAGAAAAAUCGAGCAUAAAUCUCGCUUUGCAGAGUUAUUAAAUAUUAGUAAAGGUGAUUUGAGGUGAAACAGAAUUUAAGCAUUAUUUUAAGUGAGCUUACAUUUGUGAUAGAUUUCUAGAACCGGGUAAAUAGGUGGCCCAACAGAUUGUCACUGAAAUUAUGACAAGGCUAGUUGGUAAUAUGAUUAUAUAUUAUAAUACUGCUGCUUGACGCGCUAACUAGAUCGACUAAUAAUAUUAUUAUAUUGUUGAACUGUAAAUAGUUAGUAUAUUAGCAUGUGCGUUACCUUUGUGUAAAAAAAAAAAAAAAAAAAAAAAUAAUAAAUCGAACGAUACAAAUUUAGUUAAUCGAUAUACAUAUAUAUAUAUUAUAAUAUUAUAGUUUUCUUUUAUGCAACACAAACUAUUUUUAACCAUGGUUUUUUUCCGUUUCCAUAGGUAUCAGUUUUCGCCGGCAUCGCCACUAAGACAACGCGAUAUGGUGAGACCCAGUAUAAUUUCAACGGAAUAUGCAAACCGAUACGAUCAUGAGCCAUUUAGGUAAAACACCACCUCAUCACCUUACCUUAUUAUAUUCAUAAUUUGAAAUGUCGCUUCGGUAAAUGUAGUGAUGGUCUUAGGUUGGAUAAUUUACUAUUUUCGAGAUUAUCGGUUUUAAAUUCAUUUUCUACCCAGAUCAAAACUUUUACACUUUUACGAGUAAUUUUUAAUCCGAUUAAAUAAAAAAAUGUUGAGAAAGAAAAAUACACACAGUUUUUUAAUUUAUAUCUGUAUUCAACGAAACAUUAGUGGCGAAGUUCGGUUAUACGAAUACUUGUUUUGAUGGGCCAUAAUAUUUACGAUUUUCGUCAAAAUUUGAUACUAAAAAUCAUAUUAGCACUAAGUGCGACUUAAAAUUAAUGUUUUAUUAAAUUUGUAAGCUUUUUUCUUAGGUCUAAAAAUUAUAUCCAAAGAGUAACUUCCAAAUAAAAAUUACGUAAAACGUAAUUUUACGUAUUAAAAUGUCUUUAAUUUGCUCAAAAAUAGCUCCUCCAAUACUUUGAAAAUUUUACACCGUUUAGAAAAAGCAAAUAUAAUUGUCUGCCAAAAUUCCGAGUCUGUACAAAAUGAUUUAAUAAAUUACAUUGAAAAAACAAAAUUUAAAAUAAUAAAAUAAUUAUGCUCAUACAUUUUUCUGUUCUUUAUAAGUUUUUUUUUUUGUUUUGCUAAAUUAUUAAAAAAAAUCACAACGCAAAUCAAAAACGCAUUCCUUACACACCUGCUACAUUAAAAAUUCAAUAAAAAAGAUCACUUGUUUUUUUUUUUUGCAGCACAACAUUUUUGGUAGAAAACAUAGUUUUUAAAAAUUAAAAACCAUUAAAUUGCUAACGCCACAAAGCGCCGUAAAUAUUUGCAAUUAUUUCAAUAAACUUUUUUCCAGUUUUUCUCAAUUGUUACUGAAAUUCUUUUAAAAAUCAGAAUCUGGCCUUCUCAAUACACCAACUAGAUAAAAUUUUUUCAAAAAAGAUUGCUACACUUGAUACAUCGGAACAAGAUUUCUGGUAGAAAUGAUAUUUACAGACACAAAUGAAUAAAAAAUUUAAAAAAAAAAACACUCAUCAUAGUACAACUAAUAACCUUGCUAUGCUCCGAAUCUAAAAUAGUUCGAGUAACUAUUAUUAUUCAACCUAACGAUUAGACCAUAACAAACGAUAAACACCUAUAAUAAUACCUAUUGUUGCUGUUAUUAAUUCACGUUUACCUACUAUCAACCGUAAACCGUAUUUUCAGGACAGAAAUCGCCGAAAUGGAGACAGUUCUGUGAUCUUGUUCGACGUGUAAACGGGCGGCGGUCACAGUCAACGAAAAUUAUCUUAUAUAAUAAUUAUAAUAUGUUAUAGCAUGGCUAAAUAUAUAAGUGUGAUGACAACUGUUUAUUCCAUAGCUUUUCAUGAAGAUAAAACUCAGCUGGCAGUGAUUUUUAUAACCAGUUAGAUUGAAAUACAACGGGAAACACUGCCAGUGGCGGCCAUUGUACCAGUGUACUACGAAGUUGUGAUCAUACAUGUAUAUUUAGCCAUAAUGUUAUAAGUAGUGAUUAUUUUUAGCAUAAUGAAAGCAUAAUGAAAAUAGAAAUCCAGUUAAAUGUUAAGUUAAUAAUAUUACGUAGGUAUAAUUAAUAUUUGAUUAGAUAUUAUAAUUAUCAUUAUUGUUUUUGCGUCGCUGUCACGGAGAGCGCACGGAGAGAAAUAUAGAUACUGAAACUAUACAUGGAAACAAAAGCUCAAACACACAAAAAUAAGAUUAUAGGUGAAUUAGAAAAAUAAAAAAAUAAUUUUUUCUUUUUUUAAAAAGACAAUAAUAUAAAAUACGAGUAGAUACACUAUAGGCUUUCGUUUAUUAAAAUAAUGUUAAUAUAAUAAUAUAGUUAGUAGCCGUUUCACCUCAUUUUCUCGUUUGAUGGACGUAUACAUAUAGGUAAAUAUUAUUAUAAACAUAAUGUUAGUAAAAUUUAUACUUAGUGUCGGACAAUUCAUACCCUUUGAUACAAAAAAAAAAAACGAAAAUCCACGGAAGGUUUAAUGUUUUAAUAUUAAUCUGUUUGACGUGGUUUUGGAAAAGGUUAUAGGUAUUCGAUUGUUUUCCAACAUGAGCGAUUGAAUAGAGGUAUCACGAUCCCAUGAUUUCGUUUUUCCUUAUCAGUGCGUAUGGGGGAUGAACCGAUCGAAUCCCGUAAUUAUAUUCUAUUUUUUGAAUGUAAUCUAUAUUAUAAUAUUUUUAAAAUCCGUUUCUAUAAGGUAUUAAUAAACGUUGUCAUAAAUGAUGAAAUAUAGGUUAGAAUAAUUAAUUAUUAAACAUCAAUGCUACAAACAAACAUGUUUUUGGAUCGCUCAAAUAAACAUCGUUUAAGUAUUACAUUAUUCGAUUAGAUUUAUUAUUAUUGUUCAACAAUCAUGUCCGAUUUAUAAUAUUAUAUUAUACAUUAUUACUUAUUAUAUUGCUUAAUUGCCUAAUAAUAAAUUAUAAUAUCGUGUAAAUAUUAAUAUUAUAACUGUAUUACUUAAUAACAUGAGUACAAUUAAAUGACGCGUCUAGUCGCAGUAAUAUAGGUAUUAUUGUAUAUGCAAUAUAGGUACAGAAAUAUAGUAAUAUUAAAAUUAUUAAUGUAUUCUAUCGAUCAUUUUUAUUUAAAAAUCAUAACAGAAUUUCAAAUAUUAUACUUUUGUGAGUGGGUAGAUAAGAAAAAAAAAUUACCCAUUAAAUAGAACAAAUAAUAUUUCCGACAGAUACUGAUAUACUUUGACGGAUUCUAUAUUGCAAUAUUAUAACGUUUUUAAUAAAAUGUUUAGAUCAUUUUUUUGUAUGUAUCUACAUGAAUCGCUAAAUGUGAAAGUAAUAUCCGUGUAACAGCUGUCAAAUAAAAAAUAAUCGAAUGUAUGAACCAUUGAAUACAGAAAGGGUAAAUGUUCAAAUUUAAAAUCAUUUUUAAGCAAAAUUCUUAACAUCUCUUAAAAAAAAAUUGUAUACAUAAAUGUUAUGUUUUAUAUCUAAUGUAACCUACAGUGUUAGAAUUUUAAUUAUCCAUAAGUUUAUAAAACAAUUUAAUGGGAAACUUUAGUAACUUUGGAAAUUUGUUUUAUCUCCUUGAAAAAUGUCAAAAUUUGAACCCGAUAUGCAGAAGGGGAGUACCUGCAUGGCUGCAUUUAGCGAUUCAUACAUGAUAAUCUUUCGAAAUAUUACCAUUUAAUCGUAGUUGUAAAACAGAAUGAAUACACGAGUCAUCGUAAUUAUUAUGGUAACAAUAUCGUAUAUUAUGAUUUAAACAAUAUUAAACAAUUUUUAUGUGAAUCGUUAAAAAGGUGUACAUUUAUAUUUGUAUUAUGUUUAGCCUAUCGGUUUUUAAUUAAAAUUGUUUUUAAAAUAACAUCAUGGCCAUUAUAUGAAAUCGAUUUUCGAACCGCCCAGUUUCGGCAUCCGGAAUAAUUUUGAACCCUAAACAAUAUUAAUCGAACCCUACAAUAUAUCGCAGUUUUUCCGCUGAUUAUAUUAUAGAUAGGUAUUUACCUACCUACCUACUGAAAAAUUAAAAAAAAAAGACCACACUUUAUUUAAAGUACCGUCUGUGUUCGAUUUCUAAACUAUUGGGCUCACAUAACAUAAUAUUAUAAUAGAAAAAACAACUCUCGAGACACUACGCGUAAGUCUCAAAGAAUAUAAUUCGAAUACAAUUAAAAAAAAAUUACAUUAUUAUAAUACCCGUUUCGCCCAUGAAGCUAUAAUAAAUUUUUUUUUUUUAAAUUCCUUAUAUACAUAUUACGUAUAGA